AUGCAUUGCGGUGAGGGGGCAGGUGUGAUGCUAGGUUAUUGCCUCUUUUGCAAUGAUGUCAUGAAGAAACCUUCUCCAAUCCAUGAAGCAGUUUUGUAUCUUUAAAAAGGGGCUCUUUGCCAAAAACAGGGUUUGCAAGCACCACUCAUCGCUUGAUUACUGCCGCCUCCAAAGCCCUGUGUCCUUGCCUGCCUGGUUUGAUUUCAUGCUGUUAGGCCUAUGUAAUCCCAUUGAAAUCUUAUCUUGCAAUGGUACAAGUCAACUUUGGCAUAGAUCAGCCGUUUAGUAUGCUUUGAGGUAGGGAUGGGGAGAAAUUUGGUUUGCAUUUUUUUGACCUAAUUUGCAUUUCCUGAAACAAAAAACAAGCCAAAAUGCAGCCAUCCUUUGAAAUUGGCACUUCCCUGAAUUUUGCGGUGCGGUUCCUUGACCCGAAAGAACAUGAUGGGAAAGUGUGCAUAAAAAUGCAUAUGAUGGUGAAAACAAAUGCAUUAUAUUAGGGGAGAUGGUUUGCAAAAGAAAUAGGAAAAAUGCACUCUAUGGUGUAUUUUUAUAAGGUCUUUAUUCUUCUUCCACCCCAAUGAAGAAAUGUAGCAAACUAAAAUGAAAAUUGGAAAAAUGAGAAAUGGUCUGCAUUGACAUUCUUGGCGAAGUCUCAUUCUCGGAGGCUGCUCAAUCUUCCUUAUGCAAGCUAUCUUUCCAGAGCCCUGUAUUCCUUAAGUUGUUUUGUGCCCUUUUGCAGAUGCCAGUGGAACUGUAAGAUUUAGGGAUUUCCUUUGCAAUAGUUCAGAAGACCUGCUUUUCUAAGCAACUUCUUGUAGCACCUGUUGGCUUUUGCUGCAUUGCUCAUCUGAGACUGGGACCAUCUUGCUCUGACCAACACACCCCAAGGCAGUUAGAUGAUUCAUAUCAUCAAACUGGGAUUAAAUUAAGCUGGACAAACAGGUGUUCUGGUCUCCAGGAGUCAAAAGCAUUGCUUGCAGCCUGACAUAUUGCAGGCACAUAUUUCAUUUCAUUUCAUUUAUUGGUGUUUCUUUUUUUAAUUGUUACUUGCUCUCCAUAGUCACAGGCAAUCCCAGAACAGGGUACAAAACUUACACUGAAACAAUACAAUAGACAUAACAGUAAAAAGUACAUAUCAAGCUACAGUGUGCUUUCCUGUGCUCAAAGGAGACAUGACCUUGCAUCCUUUGAUGUGCCAUAUCAGAGUAGCCCUUUGUCUGUCAUAAGACCCUGUCAAGAUGCAACAGAGCUCAUGGUUAUUUGUGCUCAAUAAGCAAAAUUUAUUCUUUAUUUAUAGUUUAUGUUUAUGUUCCAUCUUUCAUCUUACUGGAUCCCCAAGUCAGCCUUGGUUCAAUGUCAGGGCUGUGUUGAGUUCAAGAUGGCUUUGAUUCCUUGGGAUCUAAACACGGUUUCACCAUGCAUUGGAUUUUUCUCCCUCCCUCAUAUUUUUUUUUGUUUCAUUUAGGUGUCCCAUUUUUAAAUCCAGGAGCUGGUCUUCCAGAUACUCUUCUUAAGCUUAAGAGCAUAAGAAAAGCUUCCUGAAUCAGGCCAGGGACCCAUCUAGUCCAGCAUCUUGUUCUCACAGUGGUCAAAGAGAUGCCUAUGAGAAGCCAAGAAGCAGGAUUUGAGCACAAGAGCCCUCUCCCCUCCUGCACUUUUCAGCAACUGAUAUUCAGAAGCAUUAAUGCCUCCAAUCAUGGAGGUAGAGUAUGGCCAUCACAGCUACUAGUCAAUGACAGCCUUCUGCUCCCUGAAUAUGUCCAAUCCUCUUUUAAAGUCAUCUAAGUUGGUCGCCAUCACUGCCUCUUGUGGGAGCGAGUUCCUUAGUUUAACCAUGAGUGAAGAAGUACAUUUUUUUAUCUGUGCUGAAUCCUCCAACAUUCAGCUUCACUGGAAGUCUGUGAGUUCUAGUGUUAGGAGAAAAGGAGACACCCCUCCGUUCUCCACCCACUUUCUCAGGUUCUUGGAUAUCUCAAAACAAAAGAAGAUUAUGAUUUACUCCCAGGUCAAAGUUGUGCUUGAACAAAGAAGGAAGCACAUCAAUGUUUCCCUUCAUUUAACAUUUUAGGAACUGCCAAAGAAGAUAAAACAUGCUGGUAUCAAUUGUAUAGCUACCAUAAUGCUGAAGACUGACUUUUUGCAUGAUAGUGACUUUCAUGUGUUAAUGGACUUCUAAAUGAAGGAAUGAAUGAAUGCCAUCAAUGCAUUUCAUAAAGAUACUUAAAGCAAGGUUAAGGAACCCUUCUCAACCUGAGGGCCACUUUUCCUUCUGGGCAAUAUUCUGGGGGCCGUAGGCCAGUGUUGGGCAGGGCCAGAGGCAAUUAGUAUGGAUUUUUCUUUUGCAUAAUAGGCUAGUUUCUGCACAUGCCCUUCUCUAAACUCCACCCAGACAAGUAAGAAGCAGUAUCAGAGUUCCAAGGAAACAUACCAGCUGGAACAAAACAUUCAAGGAGGGUGCAAUCAGGGCAGGUAAGGUAUUUGGCCUAGGAAGAGUUCCACAGGCCAGAUACAAGGUUUUUGAGGGCCCAAUUCACCCCCCAGGCAUCAAGGAAAAGAAAGAGGCAUAACACACAACAGAGGGCUUUGUUUUAAAUGUGCCUUUUGAGGCUGACCACUAGUAAGGAAAGUAUAAACCCCAAUAAGAAGUAAAUUCAUGUGGGGAGUUCUGAAAUGUGACCAAAUUUCAUAAUCUGGAAACAUUUAUUGAUGGAACAACCCAAGCAACAAAAACAAGAUCCAAGGACAUGUUGCCUCCUGCUUAAUAUAGGCAUGGAAAACAAGCCCAGAUGAUAAUGGGGAAUUAGUACAACGGCAACUACCCACAACCCAUCCGUGAUAUCACUUGUAAGAAUGGUGGGUUGGGCGUUCGCAGGGGGUUGUGGAGUUGUGUGGCUCACAGGUCCUUUUAUAGUGUGCAAUGUGGAGAGCGCACACCAUUAGGUAGAAUGCCAACCCCAGCCAAUAUGUAUCCUGAUCCUGGGUACAUUGAAUAACAUUAAGAACACACUGGAUCGAGCCAGUGGCUUCUCUAAUCCAGCAUUCAAUUCUCAGGGUGAUCAAGCAGGUGUCUGUGGGAAGUCUGGAAGCAGGACCUGGAAUUGCAGAAGCAUAUUGCUUCUGACCAAUGUUUUUUUCUAGAAAAAUGGCACUCACGAUGAAGUUUUAUAGUAAGUGCCACACUUUUUAACAACAAAAAGAGGUGCUGGUACUAUGUACUCUUGGGUAUCUUCUGGAAAAAACCUCUAACAUUGGAUCUGGAACACAGAUACUGAGGUCAACAUAGGCAUAGUGGUAAGUUAGUAGCCACUGAUAUGCACUUGAAUCAACUUGCCUGAUAACUCCUGUUGAUAUGGGGACUGUGGCAAUCAUCUGAAUAUAUGGAGCCACCUUCUGUAGGAUCAGAUAAUUGGUCCAGUGCUAUCUAUUUUGGCUGGCAGUGACCUCACACAUUCCAGUUUUUUGGUUGCAAAGUUCUGCUAUGUAACCAUAGUAAUAAUCAUAAGAAUUAUAAUGCAUUCACAUUUUUCACAUUUGGUGGGUGUGCAAGAAGGCAAAGCAAUUCUGGAACCAAAUACAGUCAUACCUUGGGUUACAGACGCUUCAGGUUGCGUUUUUUUUUGGGUUACGGACGCGCCGAAACCCAGAAGUACUGGAAAGGGAUUACGUCCAGGUUUUGGCAGUUGCGCAUGUGCAGAAGUGCCAAAUUGCAACCCGUGCAUGUGCAGACACGCCGCUGCGGGUUGCGAACACUGCGGGUUGCAAAUGUGCAUCCCGCAUGGAUCACGUUUGCAACCCAAGCAUCCACUUUAAGAGAUGCAAUAAAAAGACAAGCAGAAGUGCAAAUAGAACUAAAUCCAGUCUUGCUUUGAUUGACUUACACAAAAAAGCAUUUGUAUAAUUAAGACAGUUACUUUGCAUCCCUCAGCGUGGUUACUGAGAAGCCACAGCACAAUCCUAACCACAUCUACUCAGAAGCCCUAUUGAAGUCCAUGGGGCUUUGAGCCAGGUAAGUGGGGCCAGGAUUGCAGCCUACAUGCCAUUGAACUCACUAGGCAUUACUUCCUUGUAAGCAUGCUUAGCAUUUAUUUAAUUAUCUUCUACAAUUUUUACUGCCAGACUUCGUUAUGCAAAAUAUUGGAGACAGUCACAUUCUGAUAAUAAUCGAAUGGGAAUCAAAGUUGUAUGAAUGUGCCAUUCUGGCAGAACAUCCUAGUUACAUAAGAGUAAGACAGAGGUGAAGACAGGCCCUCCAGAUGUUGUUGGACUCCAGCUCCCAUCAGUGCCAGCCAACAUGACCAAUGGCCAGGGACGUAGGAAUGGUAGUCUAGCAACAUCUGGUGGGCUACAGGUGACCUACAAAUCUGCUAGACCUACAAAUUUUAAUCUCUCUGAGUUCUUAUUUUUAUUUUCCCGUCUUAAGCUGAUUUUGUCCCAUUUCUGCACCAGUUUGUUAAUUUUUCUUUAAAAGUAACCACAAAAUUUGCCAGCAUUUUAGAAUACACUUCUCAUUUUUGUAUGAAUUUUUGCCUAGGUAGGAAAGUGUUUUUCAAGCAGUUUCUCCUACUAUGAUGCAUUUGGAGGGUACCUCUUGGAGUAAGAGAAGGUAGACAGAAGUGAAAAUAGUUUCACAGAGAACUGGAAAGCCUUUAUUAUUAUUAUUUUGCACUGUAGUGCACAUCCUCUAGAAAAUCUAGGCUGUUUAUUUGCAAUGCUCUUGACUUAGAGUGAUUUUUGUGCAACUUUAAGAAUAAGAACAUUAAACAGUGUGCAAUAUUACUAUUAUGAGUAUUGUCAAAUGCAGGCUUCCUCAACCUUGGCCCUCCAGAUGUUUUGAGACUACAAUUCCCAUCAUCCCUGACCACUGGUCCUGCUAGCUAGGGAUCAUGGGAUUUGUAGACCAAAAACAUCUGGAGGGCCAAGGUUGAGGAAGCCUGGUCAAAUGCUUACUGCUUAUUUUCAAAGUUAUUUGAUUAAUUCUGAAAGCGAAGAAAUGCUUAGUAAUAAUUCUCCUUUUUGGUAUUUAAAUUUGAAAAGAGAUCCCACAUGCUUCAUGCUUUCUCUAAACCCUUCUGCUUUCCGUUCAGAAAAAUCAGAUGCCAACCAGGAAGCAAGAUGGAGAUUUGGGUUUAUUGGAUUAUUAGCCCUGGAGCAACAUGAAGCUUCAUAUUUUUGCGAUAUGACGUUUUGGAGGAGGAGAGAUUUUGCGAAAGGUCAGUGGAAGUGUCAAACCUCAAGAGCAUAUUACACAAGCGAGUGCUGAACUGCUGCUGCUUCAUCUGACCUUUUUACCUUUAUAGUCCACAGAUAUCUGACAACUAUGAUUCUAUGGUUCUAACAGACUUGGUUGUUUGGGGUGUGUGUGUGUUAUUUAACCAAGAGUAAGCGGUCUCCAAUAAGGACCAAGCAGAAAUGACUCAGGGAGGCUGGAACCCAUUGAGACUGAUAGGGCAGAAGGCAGGGAGGCCAACAGUGGGUGAAGCCAGAGGCCACAUUCUCCCCAUACAUUUAAAGCACUGCAAUGCCACUAUGAAGUCCCCAAAGAAUUCUGGGAGCUGCAGUUUGUUAAGGAUGCUAAGAUUUGUUAGGAAGUCCCUAUUCCCCUCAAAGGGCUGCAGGUGCUUCACAGAGCUACAGCCAAUACCUCUUCCCAGGAAUCUCUGGGAAUUGCAGCUCUGUGAGGGGAAGGGGGUGGUCUUCUAACAACUCUCAGUGCCAACAACAAACUACAGCUCCUAUAAUUCUUUGGGGGAAGCCAUGACCGCUUAAAGUGGUAUCACAGUGCUUUUAAUGUAUGGUGGGAAUGUGGCCAGAGUCAAUGGCAGGCAGAGCAAACUAAUUUUAGUUUUGUUCCCGUUGUCCCCCAUACUGAGUGCAACAAAUACAACUUUGAGACCAAGGAGAAGGAGGAAGCUGACAGCCAGUGCAGCCCUCUGGUAGGGAUGGUGGUGGGAAUUCAACUCAGUUCACAUUUAAAGGUGAGCUUUUCGUAUUUGCACUGUGUGAAAUAAUAUGCAAGACAAAACAUAGCCACCUUUUGAAAUUCACGCUUUGUCAAAUUUUGCAGCCAAGCAAUGCAUGCCAAAAUGUAUAUAUUAGGGGAGAGUGUGCAUAUAUUAGUGAAAACAACAUACAAAAGGCAUUAUGUUAAGGAAGAUUAUUUGUGAAAGUACAUAUGUUAAUCAAUGUGAUUAUUAGGAGAAAUUAACACUAAAAUGCUAAGAUAUAUAUUUUUUUAACCACACACACAAAUUGCUGGAGAAAUGUGAAGAAGUGAAUUUAAGAUGGGAAAAAUGAGAACCUGGGAGAACAAAAAAUGGGUUGAUUUGUCCAUUGCUCCCCUCUGGAUUGGUUCUAAGUAGGAAGGUGGCUGGCUGGCUGGCUGGCUGGCUGAGGCUGAUGGAGGUGCAUCCCCUUUGCCCUAAUGUGCCAGCCUCCUCUGCCCCUAGUCUUAAACUGCUGCAUUGUAUACAAAGCUGUAGCAUAUGGACUUGUGGCUUGUCUCACUAUAAGGUAGCUUCUUACAUUCCUAAAUGGAAAAGGGAAUGGAGGAUGAGGAUGAGGAGGUGAGCAAGUAAGAAGAGGUGUAGGAAAAUGAAGAAUGGAUUCCGCCAGGACAAUUCUGAGUAAAACAGGGAACAGGGUAGAUCCCAAAAUAUUGAAUUGGACUGCAAACUGGUACAUUCUGUCCAUCUGCUAAAAUUAGGAGUAGCUCCAGUGGGAACACAGUUGUGUACAAGAAUGUCUUCAGCAAGGUCUUUUGCCAAGCCACUGACGCCCAGAAAGGGAGAGAUCUGUCAUGUAAAAGCAAUCUCAAAUGACAGAUGGUAUAAUUAUUAUUAUCUGCUGUACAAGAAUGCCUGAAGACCACACCGAAUUCUCUGCCAUUCACAGGUCUGCCAAAAGGAGCCCUUUUCUGUGCCAAGAGAAUUCAUAUUCCACGCUCAUAAUAACUCCAAAGAAGGAGGGCUGGCCUAACCUUGAAGUGGCAAGGAGCCGGUGCUCUUGGCAGCAGGUUCAAGAGGACAGACCUUCAGCCUCUUUCACUUUGUCUUUUGGGGUAGGGAUGGAGAAGAGGGGGAGAGUAUUUCCCUCUUUUGCCCCAGACGCCCAAGUGCUCAAGCUGGUUCUGAGAUGAAGUUCACAUAUGGCACUCAGUUAUAUUACCGUAUUUUUCCAUGUAUAACACGCCCCCUUGUAUAACACGCCCCCGAAACGACCUAUCGUCACAGCCAGCAGCCACAAAUCACCCUCCCAAAUGCCGCAGUGGGAGCCAAUCGCAAGCAGCACUUGCCAUGGUAACCUAACACCCGCCCAAUCGCCACUUGCAAUCUCCUGCUCACAGUGACAACCAUUCACCCAUCCACCAAGCCCCAAUAAGACGAGCCCCAAUUUUAAACAUAAUUUUUGGGGUAAAAAAACUCAUCUUAUCCAUGGAAAAAUAUGGUACUUUUCAGAUUUUUAAAGAAUUUGAAAUGGCUUUGAUCAAUGCUUUUUUUUCUGGGGGUACGCAGGGUGUGCACAUACCCCUAAACAUUUUGUGAAUCUGAUGGUGGCUUCACUUCCUUUCCUGGUGAUUUUCUGGAGUCCAAAUGCAAGUAACCCUAAACAUUUUAAAAGAAAAAAAGCACUGGCUUUGACUAGAAUCUGGGUUGGACCGAGGCUAUCUGAAAGAGUGCAUAUCCCUAUACAAACCUGCCUGGGUGCUAAGACCCUUGGCAUACCCUCCAACAUUUAUCUGAUGAAAAUAGGGACACCCCAUUCCAUAAUCUUACUGGGUUGCCUGAGCUACUCUGGGCAGCUUCCAAUAUAUAUAAAAACACAACAAAACAUUAAAAAACCCUUCCCUAUACAGGAUUGCCUUCAGACGGCUCGGGGUUGGAUAACUCCAUACCCUUCAACAUUUCUCCAAUGAAAAUAGUGACAUCCUAAGGAAAAGUGGGGCAUUCCAGGAUCAAAUCAGAAACUGGGAUGGCUUCUUUAAAUCAGGGAUGUCCCUGGAAAAUAGAGACACGUGGAGGGUCUGUCUUGGCUGAGCACAUCAGGGACAUGGCUGGAGGCGAUAGAGAGUGAGCCUUUUCUGUGGCUGCUCCCAUACUGGGGAAUUCCCUCCUGAGAGUGCUUAGAUUGGCUCCCUUGCUGUUUUCCUUCCACCAGCAGACUAAGCAUGCUGAUCACUGGGCUGCUGUCAGGGCAAACUGUAUUUUAACUUCUGGUUCUAAAUUAAAUCAUCACCGUCAGUAUAGAGGGCAGGGGUUGAGAGAGGGGAAAGCAAAGAAGCCCAACCAAUGUCCAAAUCUGGUGAAAGCUGGUUCAUUAGGGUAAAUGGGGCAGUGCCCCACUAACGUCAGCCUGCCCUCAGCCUACCUAUUGUUUAAUUAAGAUAUUUUGGCACUGAGACAGACCCCAAAAUGGUGCCACCCCUCUCUGCCAGUGAAGAAGGGGUGAGGGAAUAUCUACAUCAGGAACAAGGGGGAUGGGUGGGAAGAAAGACCAACAUUGGGAUCUGCUGCCCCAUGGAUCCUGCUGCCUGAGGCAGUCAUCUCACCCUGCCUCAUGCAUAGGCCAGCCCUUGCAGUUGGGCUGCUGUGGGUAUUUCUGCUGCUGUCUCUGGAGCCAAUGUGGCUUCUGUGUUGUUGUUUUUAUAUUGUUGUUGUUGUUGUUGUUGUUGUUGUUGUCGUUUAGUCAUGUCCGACUCUUCGUGACCCCAUGGACCAGAGCACGCCAGGCACUCCUGUCUUCCACUGCCUCCAGCAGUUUGGUCAAACUCAUGCUGGUAGCUUUGAGAACACUGUCCAACCAUCUCGUCCUCUGUCAUCCCCUUCUCCUUGUGCCCUCAAUCUUUCCGAACAUCAGCGUCUUUUCCAGGGAGUCUUCUCUUCUCAUGAAGUGGCCAAAGUAUUGGAGCAUCAGUUUCAGGAUCUGUCCUUCCAGUGAGCACUCAUUAAACUAAUGUGUAUUUACAUAGAGUCUAUUAUUAUUAACAAGUAGGAUCUGGACAGCAGAUGGAGUAAUCUUACAAGUUACCUACACCACUGGCUUCCCCAGGAUGAGUUUAUUGAAUUUACAGUGGUUACCUCAGGUUUACAGACGCUUCAGGUUACAGACACUUCAGGUUACAGACUCCACUAACCCAGAAAUAGUGCCUCGGGUUAAGAACUUUGCUUCAGGAUGAGAACAGAAAUCGUGCUCCGGCGGUGCGGAGGCAGCGGGAGGCCCCAUUAGCUAAAGUGGUGCUUCAGGUUAAGAACAGUUUCAGGUUAAGAACGGACCUCCAGAACGAAUUAAGUUCUUAACCUGAGGUACCACUUUAUAUUUAAAUGACAGGCAUUCUAAAUCAGCCCCUCUAUGCAAAUUAGUGUCCUCUUUUGUCCUCCUUUUUGGGGAAUGCAUUUCCUCUUUUUAGGACCAAAGCAUAUGUGGCUGCUGUUAAUGAAAUGAGGCUCCAUCAUCUUAACAGUCCCUCUAAAUAUAUGUGCUUGAAGCUCAGGGUCUCAAACAGUCCAUACUUUGAGAAGUCAGAGUUGAAACAGUCUCUCUAGGCACCUAAGCAAGCCUUGUGUGCUGUUUAUGUCUAAGUAAACAGAGGUUUAUUGAGCCAGCAGUGCCUGGGUGGCUUCUUAACUUUGGUAUUCUGUAUGUGUGUGUGUGUGUGUGUGUGUGUGUAUUUGUACAUAAGGAACAGUUACACAACGGUGAUGUAAUAUUACACCACACAGCAGAACGAAGCUGUGUUUUGAUGCACCAAAGAUCAUGGCUCUGUUUUCCAGGAGCCUUGCCACUCUCCUAAACAAGUUCAUCCUCUAUGCUAGACACUUUUUCCAGUAAUAUUUGGCAGAAGGAGAUGGGCAAGAUUGCAUAAUGAUCUGACAAUGAGUCAAAAAUGGGGAGGGAGGAGAGAUAGAGAUUCCUUCCAGAAGAUACUAUUUCUUUCUAUAUUUUCAAAAAGGUUGUUGUUAGUUGCACAACCUGCAAGACGCAAACGUCCCGAGACCCUCGUUCCCACCCUUUAACCUUACAUUUGCAAUAUGUGGUUGCUUUUAAUUUUCUACAGUGCCGUAUUUCCUGCCACCUUUUAGGGUAAAACUCUCACAAUGUGACUCACAGCAAUGAAUAAAUACAAUAUAUCAAACGAAUAAAACUUUAAAGACAAAACCGGUCCAUUUAAAAAUCAAAACAGUCACAGCUCAAACUUGAAGCCAAAUAAAGCCAUCGAUAAGAAGCUGAGCUGAAUUUAAAAUGAUCUAAUAUCCAUCAGUGAAAGGGCUGUUACACAUACCACCAAGGAAGGGAAUUCCAAAAUGUGGGGCCACCACUGAAAAGGUCCUGUCUUUAGUAUGGCAAUGGCAAUGAUUGUUUUUAGAGGCAAAUCAAAUAGUAGAACCUCUGAUGAUGAUCCCAGGUCUCAAAUUAAAACCCGGAUGUCUCCAGUUAAAAGAACCAGAUACCAUGGGGAAGGGAAAUACCUCAAUCAGAAAGUGGCUGCUAAUCCAGAUAGACAAUACUGGGGUAGAUGGACAAAUAAUUUGACCAGAGGACUAAGGCAGCUUCCUAUGUUCUCUGAGAUUAGAUGUGACUGAGAGAAGUGGGAGUUGCUGUGUUUGUGUAUUCACAUGCCAGCAAAUAAUCAUUUUUAAAAGUCACGUACAGCCUCUUAGCACAUUGUAAAAAGUUGCUGAUAGUAAUGGUUUCGUCACUGCCUGUUAUGAAUGAAAUUAUUUGCUACCCUCUGUGUAGCUGCUUCUGAUUAUGUUUCCAUUUGCUCCAGACUGCUAUGAACGGAAAGCACUCCGCAUUUAUAUAGAGCCACCCCCUGCGGAUUCUGGGCUGUUGUAAACUAAACCAUUUAGCGCUUUAUAUAUAAAAAUUGCUGCUAAUCACCCCUUCCACCUGGCCUGUUCUAGGCUAUGCUGUGUGUGCUGAGGAACUCUAGAGGAGUAAUGAGCUGGCAACUGAAACAUACCAAAAUUUAAAGAUGUGAGCAGCCACCAUAAUCACAGAUGGUAUCUUCUAUAUCGCUGAGUAAGAAUGAUUAUUUCAUUAAGACUGACAGCUGGUCUUGAAAAAUGCCUUGCUGGUAAUUGGGUUGAGCACUGACAGCUAACACUGUAGAACCUAAAAACAACAACCCUGAAUCAAGUCCUAUAUUGGGUGGUUUGUAUGCAUUAGUGAUUAAAAAGGAUUGAAAUCACAGGUGAGUAGGAGGAAGACCAGGAUUUACUGUUAGGUCUCUGGGUGAUAUGAGAAAUAUAAUUCAUUGAUUUGCAUUUAUAUCCCACCCUUUCCCCUCCCUUAUUUAACCCUCACAACCCUGCAAGGUAGGUUUGGCUUAGAGGCAGUGAGCAGCCUUUGGUCACACGGUGAGCUUCAUAGACAAGUGGAGGAUUUGAACCCUGGCCUCACCUGAUGGGCACUACCUGAUUUGUUGCCCCAUGCCUGCAACCCUCCACACUUCUCUUCCUUUAAGUCACCACCUACCUGUGCACAAGGGACGCAGGUGGCGUUGUGGGUUAAACCACAGAGCCUAGGACUUGCCAAUCAGAAGGUCGGCGGUUCGAAUCCCCACAACAGGGUGAGCUCCCGUUGCUCGGUCCCUGCUCCUGCCAACCUAGCAGUUCGAAAGCACGUCAAAGUGCAAGUAGAUAAACAGGUACCGCUUUGGCAGGAAGGUAAACGGCGUUUCCGUGCGCUGCUCUGGUUCACCAGAAGCGGCUUAGUCAUGCUGGCCACAUGACCCAGAAGCUGUACGCCGGCUCCCUCGGCCAAUAAAGCGAGAUGAGCACCACAACCCCAGAGUCAGCCACGACUGGACCCCUUUACCUUUACCUUUAGCUGUGCACACACUGUCAUCUAUGCACAUGCAACAGAGGCAGGGCCAUCUUUACCUGGGGAUGCAAGGAGUGCAGGGUACCCAAGCGCUGAAUUCUAGGGGGUGACAGGUGCCUGCUGCUGAAGCCGCCUAAGCUCUUUAUCUAUCUACCCGUUACGAAAUAAUAAAUAAUAUUGAUCAAGCUAGAAAAACAAAAUACAUAUAUACCUAGGUAUUACCGAAAUAUAUACCUACUGUUUCACUAAAGGACUUCUGACUUUGUGAGCUCAUUUACCAAAGACGUGCCAUGCCAGCGGUGGUGCUUGUCAUUCACAAUGGCAGCACUUGUCAGACUUGGGGGCACUGGGCGGAUCUUUGCACCCCAGCGACACAUAUGCUAAAGUCUCCCCUGAACAGAGGUCUGAAAUGCACCCACUUCCGCUUAACCACGGCUUACUUUUUCAAAGCUGAUGGAAGCUCGUUUGAGGGUAAAUGCAUGAAGCCCCUGCAUGCAACUGCAAUGAUCAAGGGAUGGGGAAACUCCCCAACGGAGAAAGGUUGCAGCAAAGGUGAGUAAGACAGAAGCGUACAAAAUUAUGCACGGCAUGGAAAAAGUGGAUAGAGAAAACUUUUUCUCCCUUCAUUUUGAACCAAUGAAGUUGCAACUUAGAAGAUCUGGGACGGAUAAAAGAAAGUGCUUCUCCAUGCAGUGCAUAAUUAUAUUAUAACAUUCAGUCCCACAGGAGGCAGUGAUGGCCACCAACUUGGAUGGCUUUGAAAGAGGAUUGGACAAAUUCAUGGAGAUCAAGGCUCUCAAUAGCUACCAGCCACGAUGGCUAUGUUCUCCCUCCACUGUCAGAGGCAUCAUACCAGUUGCUGGGAAUUGCUGGUGGACAGAGUGCUCAUCAUCAUUUUUUCAUCAUCAUUUUUAAUUGUACAUCUUAUAACAAUCUAAUGCAAUACAAAAAUGUGAUAAUAAAAAUAACUUUAAAAUAGGCAGCCUACAUCAAAAAAGUAACAUUCAACAAUCAUUAGAAUAGUAUAAAAUAAUAAUAUCAACAUAUAAAAGUUAAACAGAAAUCCACUCAACAGUUACAAUAAAUAAUAUCUAAACUAUAAUCAAUAAAACAAUGGCAAGCCACAGUACAUAAAACAAUGCAAUACACAUUGAGAAGCAAAGACUAGAGGGUAGAGCAAGGCAGGUGGAAGGAGGCCUUGCCUGAUGGAGUCUCUCCCCUCACAGUUCUUCCUCCAGGAACAGCUCCCUUAUGAGGACUCCUAGGGUUGGAGGGUAGGGUAAGGCAGGGAGAAAGAGGCCUUCCCUGAUGGAGUCUCUCCCCUCACAGUUCUUCCUUCAGGAACAGCUCCCUGUUGUGCUCAGGUCCUGCCUGCCGGCUUCCCACAGGCAUCUGGUUGGCCACUGUGAGAACAGGAUGCUGGAUUACAUGGUUCUUCUCUUAUUCUUAUUUCUCAAGAGACUACAGGAUACAUAUUGAUGGAGGCUAACGUCCUGUGUACUUGGCUUCAAACACUGGUAGUGGGAGUGUGCUGGAACUGGAGUAAAUGGUAAUAUGCACGCAGCUUCAGUUUCCCCCCUGGUAUUCAAAACAAAUUCCUAGGUGGAGAAUUCUUUAACUCUAAACCUAUAUUCAUGUUUUCUUCUACGCAUAGGUAGAACUGGCCUGCAAGGGGCAUGCACUUAGCCUCACCCCUAAUAUCAUGUGAAUUUCCCUGGCACUUAGUGUUAUAAAAAGUAGACUUCUGCGUUGGGGUGGAGGUUGGGCUCCCCAUGCAAUCUAGAACCCUGAUCUUCCACAUGUAUGAAUGAUCAGUCCAUCUGAUCAGCAUGGUGUUUAUUUGACAGAGUGAUUAAUGCAUGGCUCUGACCACUGUGUACGUACACACAGUUGGAUCGGGGCCAAGAAGCUUAAUACAGCAAUAAAGCACUAAAAGUACAGCAUUCCAACUUAUGCAAGUCAGCCAGAGGUUACAUUAGGAACUCACUUUGUUUAUUUUCUAGGGUGUCUUUUCUCUUGAUCUCUGUUUCGUGUGGUGGUUUUGACGAAUCCUGCUUUUACACACAUACACACACAUUUUGGCCCAUGAUUAUUCUCUGCACCUGAAGCAAGUGGUUUACUGCCAACAAUAUUCAGCUCAGCAGGCAUUUCAUUUAAGAUUCCUGCUCUUAAAUGUUUGCAGAAGGAAUCACCCAUAAAUUCAGGUUGGUUGUAGUUUCACUGAUGUUUUCUAAAUGGUGCAUUUUAUGCCUCAUUUCUUGCUGGAUUUAUGGCAUUUGCGCAACUGGCUUAGCCUUGUUGGCUCCAAGCUCUUCUUGUCAACAUCUGCAGAAAGUUCUCUUUUUGUUCUUCUGAAUGUUGUUAUUGUGUGGAGAGGACGGGUGUGUGGGGAGAGUAUACACAUGUUUUUGUGGACAUAAAGUUAAGUGCUAUUUUGUGAAUCAAAUUGAGUAAUGGUCACUUUGGGGUUUGCUGAUAUCAAACUGGAAGAGAUUUCACAACGCUGUUCAUGAAACUGGUCACGCUUGAAGUGGAUAAGGAUUUCCAAGGAGGCAGAUAAGGCUGUGAGAAUCAACUAGACCACAACCCAAGGGCAAGAUGCUCUGUAGCAUGGCAUGCACACCAAAACACAUUUCCAAUUCAGUGGAUCAGGAUGGGUAAAACUGUUAGGUAGCAGCAGUGUUAAGACUUCUAGAUCAAAUUGAUUCUGGGCAGCCAAAACUCUGGAUUCCAUUCUAUUCUGGAGCAGAAUCCAGAACAGCCUUGGCCAUGGUCUGCUAACAUCUAGAGCAUGGAAAGCUUUGGCCCUCCAGAUAUUACUGAACUACAACUCCCAUCACCCCUGGCCAUUGGGAAUUGUAGUUCAGCAACAUCUGAAAGACCAAUGGUUUCCCAGAAUUGUUUUCAGGUAAGAAAGAGCAGGAGACAAAUCCCUGCUCACUCCCUUUCCAUAAUCAGGGAUUAUGGAAAAUAAAUCCCUUUUAUUUCCCCCCCAGAUAGACCCUGGACCAAUCUGUCUGCAAUCUGACAGGCUUAAUCCACUCUGGAGGGGCUCCUAUGCCGGUGAAUUUCAUCUACUUUGGCCAAAAGAGGAAACGUUACAGUUGCUUUCCCAUUAUACUGCAUGGGAAAUACAAACCUUUGUUUUAUACAGAGUGGUUUGGAAUCAAAGCAGAUUGAAAUCAAGAGAACACAGAUCAACUCAGAAAUAGACUAGACUUUUAAAAGAAAAGAAAACACAAAGAUGCAGAUACAAGGCAAAUCUUGGUGCCCAUUCACUCCUCUGUUUGUAAACCCGUCUCAGUUAUAUACAUCUAUGGUAUUUUGUACCUAAAAUUUAAUUGGAUUGAUGGCCUUUCCCCCCUUUGUUUCAAACCUGAAUUGCCUAUAUUUCAAUGAGUCUAAAGCUAUAAGUAGGAGCCAGGAAGGAUCUCCAACAAUGACAGAAGUGAGAGAUGGAGAAAAACAGGGAAGGCCAAUGAAGGUCAUCCAAUGAAGGCGAACAUUGGAAGAUUCAGAAAUUUGCUCCCAGAGGAGGUAGCGAUGGCCACCAAUUCGGAUGGUUUUAAAAUAAGCUAAGGCUAUCAGUGGCUACUUGCCCCGAUAGCCAUCCCUCCACUGUUGAAGGCAGUAUGUCUCUGAAUACCAGUAGCCGGCAACCAUAGGAGGGGAGACUGCAGUUGUGCUCACAUUCUGUUUGUAGGCUUUACAUGAGCAUCUGGUUGGCUUCUGCAAGAAAAGAGUGCUGGGUUAAGGACUUAGGACAUGGACAGGGUGAUAAAGGGGAGGGACACAUUCUUCCCCUCACUUCCUUGCAAAAAUCAGUGAUGACUGUCUAAAACAUGCAAGCCCUCACUUGCCACAGCAGUCAUCAAGCCUUCACCAUGCAUGUAUAAACUCAAACAAGAGUUUUCUUAUUGGUGUUUUGUCAGCAAUGACUGUCUUAAACAUGCAAACCCUCACUUGCCGUUGCAGUCACCAAGCCUUGGCCAUGGACCUGUGAACUCAACUCUAGAAGUUCAGCACUCCCUGAACUAACCUCUUCUAGCUGAUAGAACAGACUGCUACAACAUACAGAAAUGUCUACCGUUUUCACCCUGAUUAAUAUGAUGAAGGUUAAAAACACUGUACAUUUCCACCAAGUCCUAUGAAUAUUUUAUUUGUUCCAACUGGCAGGAUGUAAGGGAGGAAAAGUUCCUUCCGUUCAAUAGCACUCCACUCAUGGUGGUCUGGCGCAAGUUUAAAUGAUAGUUUUGAAGGUUCAGAAGACAGCGUCUUGGCGCCUUUCUUAGAAAUCAAUAUGUGCGAUGCAAUUAAUUUUCUCUUCUCUGACGAUGACAAAAAACAAACAAACCACACACUUGUAAUAAUAAUAACAAUUAUAGGAAAAUCCAGGAACAUUGAUUGAAGAGAACUGAAAAAUGCAAUUGAAAGCCAAUUGCAAUAGAUAUUUGUAAGCAAAGCUAGGGUGGGUGUGUUCCUCCCUCUUUAAUAUUCUCAAGAAAACAUAAGAAGAGUUUGCUGGAUCAGAACAAUGGUCCAUCUAGUCUCAAAGAAGCCAACCAGAUGCCUGGUGAAAGCUGAAAAGCAGGACCUGAGCACUAGAGCACUCUCGCUUCUUGUGAUUUCCAGCAACUGGUAUUCAGAAGCAUUAUUGCCUCUGGCCAUGGAGGCAGAGGAUAGUCAUCAUGGCUAGUAGCCAUUGAGAGCCUUGUUCUCCAUGAAUUUGCUGAAUCCUCUUUUCAAGCCAUCCCAGUCGGUGGCCAUCACUGCCUCCUGUGGAACAUCAUUGUUACUGGGAUUGAAAAAUAAAAUAAAAAUAAAUAAACACCCACAAGAAUAGCAGCCAAACAAGGAUGUGAAUAGACACCUAUUCAUUUUUGUUUGUUUGUGCUGAAAAAGAUCACCAAAGGAUAUUCAGCUCAAUCCCACCAUUGAGUGUUUGUCCAAAAGUUGAAGAUGCCAAACUGAAUGCACAGCUGAGCUGUCCGUUCAGCACUAUAAUCUCCAGGGAAAAGUGGGAAUCAUAACAGCUGGCUGUUUUUUUUUUAUCUGGAAGAUUGUACAGUGCACUUGAAAAGUGAGUGUUUGAGUUUCUGAUUUGAACUGACGUUAUCUUGCAGGUUUCCUGGCCAAGGGUCGAAGAGCAACCAGUAACAGGGGAUCCAGAGAAAAUAUGUUGGAAAGGUGAACAACAAGGUAGGAGGCUUGAGGAAGCAAGGGUGAGGCUAAACUGGUUGCAGAACAUUUUACAGCCUGAAGGUCACGUUUGGUGCUGGUGGGGCUAGAGGCAAAAGUGGGUGGAGUAAUUAAUGUAAAUUUUACUUCUGUACCAUAGGCCAAUUUUACACACAGUUCCACAAUGCUCUCUUGCCCAUCUGGACAAGAGUUCAAGGACACAUUUCAGCCAUACAAAUACUCUCAGAAAAAGUGCAAAGCACAGUCAGUGAAGGCAUGGCUGGAGAUGGGGUGUGGUCUGGGGGAGAGUGCUGAGGGUUUCCCCACCCCUGGGUUAAAAGGUAAUGCAGCAUAUAGUUGGAAAGACCUCUGUCAGAGCCCCUGGAGUGAUCCUGCCAUUCACAGUAGGCAAUUGAUGGAUCAAUGGUCUGACUCAGCAUAAGGAUAUUGUCAUAUAUCUUCAUAUGCUGCCAUAUGUCCACCUGCAUGCUGGCCAUAAACAUGAGUUUGGGAAUCCUGCGUUUGCUACUGAACAUCUCCUUCCAUUAUGGGUUGCUGUGCUACACUGGAGGCAUUACAAACAUGUAACUGGUGACCUGAGAGGGGCAGAGGGGAUGAGUGUACUAGCUUCAGCCUCCCCUGCCUGUUUUUAUUGCCUUCCACGAGUUGGAAGCUACAUACGGUGGGGAGCCUUUUGUAUCAGUGGAGACUCCCUGCAUGUUUUGGAACCUUGGUACAGGGAACCUCCAUGGAUACAAGAGUCCCCCCUUUUUAGACAGCAGACUUCCAGUGUGUGGAAGGCAAUGAAAACAAGCAUGGAGAGGGCAGUGUGAUCACUCCACUUCCCUGACUCACUCAAUGGCUGCAUUCACAGGGCACAGGAGCCGGUGUGGUGUAGUGGUUAAGAGCAGUAGACUCAUAAUCUGGUGAACUGGGUUCGUGUCUCUGCUCCUCCACAUGCAGCUGCUGGGUGACCUUGGGCUAGUCACACUUCUUUGAAGUCUCUCAGCCCUACUCACCUCACAGAGUGUUUGUUGUGGGGGAGGAAGGGAAAGGAGAAUGUUAGCCACUUUGAGACUCCUUAGGGUAGUGAUAAAGCAGGAUAUUAAAUCCAAACUCCUCCUCCUCCUCCCCUUCUUCUUCUUCUUCUUCUUCUUCUUCUUCUUCUUCUUCUUCUUCCUUUCCCCCAAUGUUUCCCUAUCAGUUUCCUCACUAUAUCUGAGCUUUCACACCAUGUAAAAGCCACUUCUGCAAAUCUAAUGGAAUAUAGCACAUGUUUAGCACUCAUUUUCUUUUUCCAGAAAAAGACCCAUUUACAGCUCCUUUAACCCAGACAAUUAUGGCAGUAAAGUGAUGUGAUUUUGAGUGGUAGACUGGCAUAUAGUUCUUUCCUGCUGUUUCCCUGGGGGAAUCAUGGAAGAACAGAUGUAAGAAUGUGCAGAAAGGGUCAGGAAGCUGUGACAUUGCCCAAUGACAUCUGUUUUGUAUCACAUCAUGCCCACUGGUAUGAAUGACAUUUAGCAUGACAUGCUGGUAUAUUGGUCAUAAAGCCACUGUUUCAACAUUCAGCUUUAGUGGAUGUCCAUGAGCUUUAGUGUUAGAACAGAGGGAGAAAAACUUUUCUUUCUCCACUUCUAUCAUGUCCCCCUUUACUUGCAUUUUCUAUAAACCAAUCAAUCUGAUGGUUGGGGACGUAGCAAUUUUCAUCUCCAUCAAGGCUUUGGGUUCAGCCUACUCCAGCUGUGUCCACUUUAAUUUUUGUUGCCUUUUUAACUCCUCCACCAAAGUUGGCAGCGGCCUUGAAAAAAUAUAUAUUUGGGGGGAUCGAUCAAGCUUCCAAACUGAGCGCUAAUCGCCCUGCCCUAGAUCAGGUCCCUUUCCAGGUUACACCCCCUCUCUCGAGGUCACAACCCUUAAUGGCUCUGCGCUGCACCUCAAAUAAUUUUGCAUGGCAGGAGUGUGUCCUUGCACUGUGAUAAUGCCUCUUGCUUGCCUGAAUGAAGAAGUGUGUGGGUAUAAAGACCCCUGGAUUUCACAUUGCUAGAAUGUAGCCUACUUUCCGGAGGGAAAAGUUGCACCCCUUUUUGCUCCACCCACAUUUGCCUCUGGCCCUGCCCACAGUUUGCUCCAGCUCUGCCAACCAUGCAGCCUCAUUGUUGCAAUACCUGUACAAAGGGAAGGUGGGCCUCAGGUUGAAAAAGGUUCCCCACCCUUGUGCUUGAGACAAAACAGGAGCAAAUGCCUCUUGAUAUUGAAAAAAAGUGGUUGGAAAACCCCAAUAUGGAAAGCUCUGGGAAAUGUGCAUCAGACACUUCCCUGAAUCUCUCUCCUCCAGAGUUUUAACAGAUGACUGAAACCACAACAUCCGUGGUCUUUAGAAGCCCUUGUAAUUUUUCCCUGGACUCAUUGGCCAACUCCAGUAAUUAACAAGAAUGAGCUCCAUAUUUUGCAACUAAUAACAUUUCACCCUCUGAAGUCGGGCUUUUUAGGGGAAGAUUGUGGCCUUUGAGCUUGACUCUGCUUGUUGAUGACUUAACAAGCAUUAUUGUCUUCAGGCUGAUUGCAUUGCAAUCAGUUUAUUCCCAGACUGAGUCAUUUAUGCGAUCAUGGGAAUUUUACCAUUAAGCUUCUCCACUUGGGCUCCUAGAGCCAAGAUGCAAUGAAACACAGUGGUGUCAGGGCAGCUUCCCCAGGUUGUAACCCCACAUUGCUCUGUGAAUGUGCAUAUAAAAUCAGCAGCAGAGAUCCUUUUUUGCAGGCCAAGGGUCACAUUCCCCUGAGGGCAACCUUCCAGGGAUCACAUCCCAGUGGUGGGAGGGACCACAGGUGAAAGUGGGUGGGGCAAGAGCAGGGGUUGGGAAAGGGAUCUGGCCAGAAGGUCAAUACAGUGACUUCACUUCCUGGAAGCCAAGUUGCAGUGAUGCCCUUUCUUUCCAGCCACUUCUGCAUCAUGGGCCACUUUAACACAUGGGGUGGAGCCACUUUCCUGUCAAUCAGCUGGUGUCAGGCAAUGGAGACCUUGGUGGUGGGGCUACCACCAGAGGCUUCCUGGUUGAUGCUGACCCAUGACAGGGCCUUUUCAGUGGUGGUGCCUCAGUUGCAGGAUGCCCUCCUUAGUAAGGUGCACUUGACUAUUAUUAUCAACUUUCAGGAGGAAUUGGAAAACAUUCUUGUUUUACCCAGGCUGAAGAAUACUGCUCCUGACAUUAAAUGUAUGGAAAAAGAAGAAUGAACAAUUGGCUUUUUAAUCGGAUUGCAUGAAAAAAAAGGAACUCCCCAGCCAGAGAUGGAAGAUUCCAGGCUGGCUUUUUGUAGGUGUAAAUGUUCACAGGGGCGUCCCAUCAGGCAAGAGGUGAGAGGGAAGAGAAUGUUCAGCCCAUCCCUUGCUCUAGCUUAGAGCAAGGAAACAAUGCUGACUAAUUCAUAAAGAAUUACUAGCUUACUUUGCUCUGAACAUUUUCUGCCAAAAAAUAGAUGUAUUUUAUAUUGUGUUCUACUCCUGGUUAUUCCAGACAGUCCAUUUAUAGCACAAGAAAUGCAAAGGUGUUGCUUAAUUUGUUGUUUCGGUUUCAGAGAUCAUCCUUCAGAGGAGGAGUUUCUGCUUCAGGGAGAUCCUAUGGAACUCACUCUUCCAGGAGGCAAUGAUGGCCACCAACCUGGAUGGCUUUAAAAGAGGAUUAGACAAAUUCAUGGAGGAGAGGGCUAUUGAAGGCUACUAGUUGUGAUGGCUAGGCUGUGCCUCCACAGUUGGAGGCAGCAAUACUCCUGAAUGCUACUUGCUGGACAUCACAGGAGGAGCACUGGAGGAGGAAGAAGAGUGCGGGGGAAGUGCACCACCCCCGGCAGCACGAUCCUGCUGGGGUGCCAUCGUGGCGGACCCCCUGCAAGUGCUGGGAGCCACGUCCCCGCAGGUGGUGUGCCACACCCCCGGGACGCGUGCCAGUCCUGCUCCCACCUGCUCUCCUCCCUGCCCCAUGCUGGAGCAUGAAGGAGGAGGAGAGAGCAUUCUUGUGUUUAAGUUCUGCGAGAACAGAACAUUGGACAAGAUGAGCCAUUGGUCUGAUCCAACAGGCUCCUUUUAUGUAGUGCUCAAUCACAUCACAUAGGGUGCUCCCAGGCUCUCAUUCUUUGCUGUUCUGCAAGCUGCAAGGAGAACAGAAACUCUCCUUGUAUUUUUUUAAAAAAAAUAAUAUUUAUUACUUUUCCAACAAUUUAAACACUACAAAAACAAUACAAUACAAUACAAAAACACUACAUAACACUAACACAUUAAACUAACAAAACAAAACAAAAACAGUUAAACACAUCAAACAAUUUCAAUAUCUUAUCUUUCAUUCACUUAUUUCCAUGACCUCCUCACACCUCCCUUUUUGUAUUCCACUUCUGUUAAUUGUUUCAGCAAUUCCUUUCCAUCUUCCUCUGUUUUCUAUCCUAUAAUUAUCUUAACACAUUCUAACCUUAUUUUUCCCUUUAAUUCUCUAUUAAUCUAUUUAUACUUAAUUCCUUAUAACAUUUCUACUAAAGCCAUAUAACUUCAUUCCAACAUUUUUCUAACAUUCAUUAAUUUUACAGUAUUUCUGUAAAUAGUCUUUAAACUUUUUCCAGUCUUCUUCCACCGACUCUUCUCCCUGGUCUCGGAUUCUGCCAGUCAUUUCCGCCAGUUCCAUAUAGUCCAUCAACUUCAUCUGCCAUUCUUCCCGGGCGGGUAAAUCUUGUGUCUUCCAGUACUUCGCGAUGAGUAUUCUUGCUGCUGUUGUUGCAUACAUAAAAAAAGUUCUAUCCUUCUUUGGCACCAAUUGGCCGACCAUGCUCAGGAGAAAGGCCUCUGGUUUCUUCAGGAAGAAACUCUCCUUGUAGACCUUUGGCGCACCAAUGAUAUUUUGUAGCUGGGUUAGCGGUGCAUGUUUCAAUAGCUUGCUUCAAUAGGGGUUGGGUCAUUUUUUAUUUUUUCAAACAGUGCCAGGGUUGUGGUUUUUUAAAAGUAUUUAUUUAAAUAAUUUAUAUCUGACUAAACUGCACUCACAUCUAAGCUGUGUGCAAAAAAAUAAAAUACUGAAAAAGUAUACAUCAGUUUAAAAUCUCAUUUCAGGUAAAAUGCUGGUUGGAAGCUGGAGCUGACUAAUCUCAGAUAAACUCCUUGUCAGUUUAAUCGCUGACUUAAAUCGCUCUUUAGACUUUGUCUUGAGUUUGCUGAGCCUGAGAGUGAAACUAACAUGAGCUUUCUCCAGAUUUCAGAAUACUUAGUUACAGCUCUGAUGUGAACUUUCUCUUUGAAUGAUGAGUGCUCCCUCUCUUGGAGAGAGGGAGCACAUGUAGGUCUUAAAAAAAUUCUAGGGAAGCAGAAGACAGAGAGAGAAACAUGCAAAGAAGAUAAUAAUUUUUAAAGACUAGGUAGACUAAGGUGGCAUGUAACAUUAUACUGCUAACUCAUAUAAAAUAUCAAGAUAGUAUCCAGCUAUAUACAAUAUAUCAAGACAGCUGUAUAUAACAUAUAUCAAGAGGGUAUAAAGCUAUAUACAACAAUAAACAUAAGCACCAUCAAAAACAAUACAAAAUUAUCUUUAAAAUGACUGGUUAAUAUAAAGGAAGUUACAUGUGUUUUAUCUAUUUUUAGCUACUGUUGACUUUAAUAAUCUUUUUUUUUUUAAUAAUUUUUAUUAAAGUUUUAAACAACAAAAGAAAAAACAACACACAAAAAAAACAAUACAAAACUCAACAAUAAAAAACAAAAAGCAUAACAAUUAAAAACAAACUCUCUUUUCCAUUUCCAAUUUUAAAUUACUUAUUUUCUGGACUUCCUCAUACCUCCCUCUUUUGUAUUCCAAUCCACAUUAUUUGUCCAGCAGUUUCUUUUCCACUUUUUUAAUCCCACUCUUUAAUUUAAUAAAAUGUUAAAAUAUAUAACUUCAACUUUUUUAAACCUAAUCCUUGAUCUUAAUAUCAUAUAACGUGAAAAUUUUCCCUUUUAAUAUCAAAUUUCCAUUUCUUUAAUCAUAUUUAAUCUUGAUCUUUAAUCUUAAUCUAUCAUUAACUUUAACCUGUGCAGCUGGAAACCACUUACUUUCAGUCCAACAUCCCUUUAACAUUCCUUAAUUUUGCAAUGUUUCUGAAGAUAGUCUUUGAAUUUCUUCCAGUCUUCCUCCAUCGACUCUUCUCCCUGGUCACGGAUUCUACCAGUCAUUUCCGCCAAUUCCAUAUAGUCCAUAAGUUUCAUCUGCCAUUCCUCCAGUGUGGGAAGUUCUUGUGUCUUCCAAUACUUUGCGAUGAGUAUUCUUGCUGCUGUUGUUGCAUACAUAAAGAAAGUUCUAUCCUUUUUAACACCAUUUGGCCGGCUAUGCCCAGGAGAAAGGCCUCUGGUUUCUUAGGGAAGGUAUACUUAAAUACCUUUUUAAUUCAUUAUAUAUCAUUUCCCAGAAAGCCUUAAUCUUUGGGCACGUCCACCAAAGGUGAAAAAUGUACCUUCAGUUUCUUUACAUUUCCAACAUUUGUUAUCGGGCAAGUGAUAGAUUUUCGCAAGCUUGACUGGGGUUAUGUACCACCUGUAUAUCAUUUUCAUAAUAUUCUCUCUUAAGGCAUUACAUGCCGUAAAUUUCAUACCUGUGGUCCAUAACUGUUCCCAGUCAGCAAACAUAAUGUUAUGUCCAACGUCCUGUGCCCAUUUAAUCAUAGCCGAUUUUACCGUUUCAUCUUGAGUAUUCCAUUUCAGCAGCAAGUUAUACAUUCUUGACAAAUUCUUAGUCUUGGGUUCUAACAAUUCUGUUUCUAAUUUGGAUCUUUCCACCUGGAAGCCAAUUUUCCUGUCCAAUUUAAAUACCUCCAUUAUCUGAUAAUAAUGAAGCCAGUCUCGCACUUUGUUUUUAGUUUUUCAAAACUCUGCAAUUUCAGUCUAUCUCCGUCUUGUUCCAAAAUUUCCCAAUAUUUCGGCCAUUUGACCUCCAUAUUGACCUUUUUCAAGGCUUUCGCUUCCAUUGGUGACAGCCACCUUGGGGUUUUGUUUUCUAACAAAUCCUUAUAUCUUAUCCAAACAUUAAACAGCGCUUUCCUGACAAUGUGGUUUUUAAAUGCUUUAUGUGCUUUGACCUUAUCAUACCAUAAAUAUGCAUGCCAUCCAAAUACAUUGUUAAAACCUUCUAGGUCCAAAAUGUCAGUGUUUUCAAGAAGUAGCCAUUCUUUCAACCAGUAAAAAGCUGCUGAUUCAUAGUAAAGUUUAAGGUCUGGCAGGGCAAAUCCACCUCUUUCCUUUGCAUCCGUUAGUAUUUUAAAUUUUAUUCUGGGUUUCUUGCCCUGCCAGACAAAUUUAGAAAUAUCUUUCUGCCACCUCUUGAAACAAUCCAUUUUGUCCACGAUCUGCAAAGUUUGAAACAAAAACAACAUUCUAGGCAAUACAUUCAUUUUAUCACAGCAAUACUGGCCUAGCAGUGAAAGCUUCAAAUUUGACCAAAUUUCUAAAUCUUUUUCACUUCUGACCAACAUUUUCAUAGUUAUCUUUAAAUAAAUUCCCAUUUUUGCUGUCAUGUUAAUCCCCAGGUAUUUAACUUUCUUAACCACUGUUAAACCUGUCUCAUUCUGAAACCUCUCUCUUUCAAACGGUGUUAAAUUUUUCUCUAGAACCUUGGUUUUUGACUUGUUCAAUUUAAAUCCUGCCAUUUGACCAAAUUCUUGAAUCAGUUCUAAAACCCUUUUAGUACUAGAUUCUGGCUCCUGUAACGUCAAUACUAAGUCAUCUGCAAAUGCUCUCAAUUUAUAGUGUUUAGUUCCGACCUGACUUUAAUAAUCUUUAGACUGUUUUAUAAAAACCUGUGUUUUUAUAAAUGUUGUAAGUCACCUUAAACUGUGGAAAGGCAGCAUACAAAUAAAAUAUGUAUGCAUUUAUGUGUUGCAGAAUCUGUUUCUGCAAGAGCAUGUUGCAGAAUCUGAGAUUUUUAAAUAGAGAAGCAUUAAAAUGAAGCUGAUUCUGUUUCCUCCCCCUCCCCCUGACCCUGCUGCCUUUUGGUGUUUCCUUUCUACUAAACCAAAUCUGUGUGUUCAGAAUGGCUUUGUUUUAAUAGCAAGCAAAGCUGGAAUCCCAGAGACUUCUUGAACUGAUUUCUCAGUUAAAAAGGUCAAACAACAGAUGUAGCUGUUCCUCAUGCAAUGUUCCAUGUCCUGUUAACUUUGGAAAUGUAACCAAAUGUUCUGCCUUUCUUGAGUUUGCAAACCAUAAUCUGCGAGCAGGUCCAGUGAAUGGUUAUGGGUACCUAAAUCCCGAAGGAUAAUUGAAACUUAACAGAUUUGAGCUUGAUUAGCAAGCUGGCUGAGAGAUCCUUAGGAGCCCAAAGGAAAUAGCAGGAUGAGCAUGCAAUAAAUAAAAACACAGUCAGUCAGUGAGCAAAUCCUAUGUGGUGUGAGAAUAUAUUCUGAGCCGGCCCAUCCAUGGGGGAACUGAAACAUUUGGCCUAACCCUACAGGAUUUGCCAAUUCAAGUGUAAGCAACAUUCUGCACACUAAAAUACUUUUGGUGUUUUUAUAAGAACACAAGAGUUCUACUGCAAUCAGACUAAAUAUCUGUCUAGUCCCAGCUUUUUGCUUCCUAGAGUGCACAACCAGAAUAUAUGUACGACGAUGAAGACACCUUGGUUGUCUAUAGCUGGUCUCUUCCUUGAAUUUGCGAUGACCAGGUUAAAUAUUCCUCUGGCUGAGUUCAAGCACUUGAACAGACUGAAAAGUAUCUCUAUAACGGUCUAUAACAUUGGCAUCUUCUAUAAUCAUAUAAUCUAUAAUCUGCCCAUUUGCUUUUAACCCCUGAACAGUUUUGCUGGUGUGUUCAGGAGGCAGUUACAAAAUGGGGGAAGGUAAUGGACUGUAUAUGGGGAAAUGUUAUCUAGAGGGUCCAGAAUGCCCCAUGCCCUCUAGAAGCCGCAGUGGGAAAUAGCUCUGCUUUCUCCUGAUUCUAGGGAGGCACCGAUGUCUUUGUGACAUCAUCAGAUAUGACUCCAAUCCCAGUCCUCAUCUCAAACCUGUUUGCAUGUCUAGCAAUCAAGAAGCUGAAAGGACUCAAAGUUGGACAUAUGUCCUGUUUUACAGUAGGAUAACUUCUUUAUUUAAAGGCCUGUCAGAAGAUAGCCUCAAUCUGAAGGGUUCCUCUAGGUAAGCAGGGGGAAAUAAUCUGGUCCACCAUGGCCCCUCAGUCCAGGCCAGUCUCAACAAGCCCCCACCCUCCACCGGUCAUUCAGUGUUAAAGGUAAAGGUAAAGGGACCCCUGACUAUUAGGUCCAGUCAUGCCCAACUCUGAGGUUGUGGUGCUCAUCUCGCUUUAUUGGCCAAGGGAGCCGGCGUACAGCUUCUGGGUCAUGUGGCCAGCAUGACUAAGCCGCUUCUGGCGAACCAGAGCAGCUCACGGAAACACCGUUUACCUUCCCGCUGGAGUAGUACCUAUUUAUCUACUUGCACUUUGGCGUGCUUUCAAACUGCUAGGUUGACUUCCGGUCGGCGCCAUCGGCUAAUGGCGGAUUUCCCUCCGAGCUCCGGAGGGGGUCUGCUUUACAAGUUCGGGUCCUGUCGCUACGGCGAAGCGAGGACCCUUAAAAAUUACAGGCGCGGAAGCCUGUGAACAAGGAGGCUCGGUGGGCACCAUCGCGCCCCCCCCGAAAUCGCAAGGGAGCCUUUUUAAAGGCUCCGGAACGGCAGCGGGGGGAGAAGCGGUGCUGAGAGCCGCUACCCAGCUUGUGAAGCGAAGCCGCAUCGCCAUAGCCGGAGAGCGCCGAUUCCUUCCUGAAAAUUGGAUUAUAAAGCAAAACUCGUGAGUAAGACUGAGACUUAAUUGGGAUUUACAACUAUUUUCUUGAAAUUUGGCUGAAAACGGGAUUGGCUUAAAGUAAGGAAGUCAGCCUUUCCCGGACUGCAUAAGGAUAAAGCAAAGAAGGAUUAAAAGCUGUAACCAUUGAGAGAUCGCAAAGAGCUAAGAGAACCAGACAUAAACUGUGAAUUUCCCCCCUUUUGGUAGGCAGGAGCAAAAGGGGGAGGAAACUGUGAUUAGAACCUGCCAGAAAAGGACUUUAAAAACUUUUCACCACUGUGUCAAACACCCCUGAAACGGACUGCCGGGGCAAAGGAACCUGGAAAGAGAGAACUGUCAGUGAACUGUCACUUGGAUUGUUACAUUGUUUUAAACUACUCAGCUCAGGAGAGAUACUAAAUUACAGGUUUGUUGAACUCUGAAAAUAUAAGAACUGUUACAAUUGACUAUUGGGAAACCUCAGGGGAAUUUUUGGUUGUAAGACAUUUUGCUUAGUCUUGGAAACUUUUUUCCCCUAGAGGGCACUUUGAUAAUUGUUGCAAAUUGGAUUGUAACUACUAAGGCAGUGGAAAUUUCCCUUGAAAAACAACUAACAGCUGUGAGAGUGACCUUGGCUAGGCAUGAGUGGUGCACCAGAAGAGACAACAACCAGGUCUGGGAGACAAUACAAAGUAAAAUCUUCACAGCGAAGAGUUUCAGUCCCAGGCAUCCCAGUGGCACCAGCUGCAACUGGUCAGACAAGAACAAUAAUGUCAUCAGAUCCUGUAACACAAGCUUUGGUUAAAAUAAAUGAGUCUUUGGAAUCUUUGACAAAGCAGGGGGUGGAAAAUAGCAGAAAAUUGACAGAACUCUCAAUUAAACUUGAUCAGAAUACACAAAGUGUGAAUGAAUUAGGGAAAAGGGUGACAUCUAAUACAGAAUCUAUUAAUAAAAUAUUAGAGGACUCUGCCAAUAUACGUAAAAUCGCAGAAGAAGCCAAAGUCUCUGCUGAUGAGGCUAAAGUCUCGGCGGAUGCCACACAGGAAAAAAUUGUACCAGUUUGCAAAAAGUUAGAAGAUCAUACAUUGGCCUUGUCUAUGCUUGAAUUGCAGAGAAGAGAUAGAAAUUUAAGACUACGAGCGGUGCCUGAAAGUGAAGGAGAUAACUUGGCGAACUUCCUUUCUAAAGAAUUUGCGGAUUUUUGGCAAAAGGAGUUAGAGAAAGAAGAAAUUAAAAUAGUCACUGCCUUUAGACUGGGAAGAGCACAAGGUAGGAAGAAGCCAAGGGAUUGUCUAAUAACAUUAGGAUCAAGAGAGGAGAGAGACAAAAUAUUGAGCCUGCAUUUUCAAAGAACACUCGAGAUCGAAGACUCUUUUGUGGAGAUUUUUAAAGAUAUUCCAAAGGAAAUUCUAGACGCAAGAACAUACUAUAAAGAACUGGUCGGAUUGCUGAAGAAGAACGAAGUACCUUUCAGGUGGGAAUUCCCAUAAGGCCUAUCUUUUAAAUUCAAAGGCAGGAAAAUAAGGAUAAGAUCAGUAGAAGAUCGAGAUCAAUUUUUAAAUCACUAUAGGGAAGACCUUCUGAAAGGAACAGUCGGAGAGGAAAUAACACCAGAAUCGAAAGACGCAACAGACAUCUUAAACUUGACGUUUGGACUGAAAUCACCAACAGAAGAAGAACAACUACUCGGAGCAACAGGAGGCAAAUAGCUUCAGGAUGGCCCUGCAACUUCUAAGUUGGAAUUGUAAUGGACUUAACCUUCCGCGAAAGAGGAAAAAUAUAUUUCAUUUGUUGAAAAAAGAGCAGUUGGACUUAAUUUGUUUACAGGAAACUCAUAUAACAAGAUUGCAUAGGAAACUACUCGUCAAUAAGAGAUUAGGCCAAGAAUUUAUUUCAUCGGAUAAAGUUAAGAAAAGAGGAGUGGUAAUCUAUGCAAAAGAAAAACUUUCCCCAAAGUUUAUAUUCAAAGAUGAACAAGGAAGGUAUUUGGCAAUUGAAGUGCAAAUUCAAGGUGAAAAAUUUUUGAUACUAGGGAUCUAUGCACCUAAUGAAGGGAAGUCAGAAUUUUUUAAGAAGUUGCAUGAGACAUUGUUGGACUAUUUGGAUUACAAAUUAAUCAUGAUGGGAGACAUGAAUGGAGUGGUAUCUACAAAUAUGGACAAAGCACAAAGACAGGUAAUCACCAGAGAUGGGAGACUACCAAAGACUUUCUUUGAAAUAACUGAAAAUAUGGACUUGAUUGAUAUUUGGAGAACAAGGAAUCCUCUCGAGAGAGAGGGAACCUUUUUCUCUGAAGCAAUGAUGACCUGGACCAGAAUCGAUCAAAUUUGGAUUACUAGUGGGUUGGCCCCAAAGAUUAAAAAAGUGGAAAUCUGCCCAAAGACCUACUCCGACCAUAAUGCCGUGAAGAUGGAAAUGAAACUUACAACAACUGGUCAAUUUAGAUGGAGGAUGAAUGACACUCUGUUUCGAGAUGAGGAGAUCCACAGAAAGGCCCAAAAAACUUUAAAGGACUAUUUUGAAAUAAAUCUAAAAACUGAUGUAGAAAAAAGAGUGAUCUGGGACGCAAGUAAAGCAGUGAUGCGAGGAUUUCUAAUUCAACAAAAUUCAGUAAAAAAGAGAAAGCAAAAUGAGAAGAAGGACAAGAUCUUGGAAAAGAUAAAAGAAGGAGAGAAGAAAUUGAGAUCAAAACCAAAGUCCCAGGAGAUUUUGAGAGAGAUUAAGUUAUAUCAGACACAAUAUAUGGAAUUGAUGAAUCAAGAGAUUGAAUGGAAGAUAAAACAAAUGAGACAAAAGACAUUUGAAUCUGCAGAUAAAUGUGGUAAACUUCUGGCUUGGCAAUUGAGGAAAAGACAGAAAUUAAACACAGUUACAAGCCUAGAAGUGGAUGGAAAGAAUAUAUCUAAACCUAACGAGAUAAGAAAUUGUUUUUUGAGUUAUUUUAAAAAACUAUAUUCACAAGGACCACAGAAGGAGGAGGAUAUAGAAGAAUUUCUUAAAAAGUAUGGAUUACAAAAAAUCUCUCAUCAAAGUAAGGUGGACCUAAAUCAGAGAAUAACAGAUCAAGAGAUAGAGGGUGCCAUUCAAAACAUGCAACUGGGCAAAUCUCCAGGACCAGAUGGACUGACUUCCGGAUAUUAUAAAGCUUUGAAGGAGUGGUUGGUACAACCAUUAAAGGAAGUCUGUAAUGAGAUUUUAGAGGGGAAAAGGGCACCAGAAUCGUGGAAAGAAGCGUUCAUUACACUUAUACCAAAGACAGAGACUGAAAAGAAUCAACUUAAGAACUACCGCCCAAUAUCAUUACUUAAUGUGGAUUACAAAAUUUUUGCAGACAUUUUGGCAAAAAGAUUGAAAAGAGUGUUGAUGGAGAAGAUUCAUAAGGACCAAGCAGGCUUUCUCCCAAAAAGGCAUUUAUCAGACAAUGUGAGGAAUAUAAUAGACAUUUUGGAAUUACUAGAGGUGAAUAUAAACACUAAAGCAGUUCUGAUCUUUGUAGACGCGGAGAAAGCCUUUGACAAUAUUUCUUGGAGUUUUAUGAAAAAGAAUCUUCAUGGGAUGGGGGUAGGUCAAGGAUUCGAGAAUGGUAUGGGUGCCAUAUACACUGAACAAAAGGCCAAAUUGAUUGUAAAUAAUGUGAUAACUGAAGAAUUUAAAAUAGAAAAAGGGACACGACAGGGGUGCCCUAUUUCCCCAUUACUUUUUAUUUCUGUUCUGGAGGUGUUGCUAAAUAUGAUUAGAGAUGACCAGCAGGUUAAAGGUGUACAGGUCGGAGCUAAACAUUACAAGCUAAGGGCCUUUGCAGAUGAUUUAGUACUUACUUUACAAGAGCCAGACACUAGUACAAAAAGGGUGUUGGAACUAAUCCAAGAAUUUGGCCAGGUAGCUGGAUUUAAAUUGAAUAAACAAAAGACUAAAGUUUUGGAAAAAAAUUUAACAGUCAUGGAGAGGGAGAAGUUUCAGAAUGAAACAGGUUUGACAGUGGUAAAGAAGGUGAAAUACCUAGGGGUUUAUUUGACAUCUAAGAAUUUGAACUUGUAUAAAGACAAUUAUGAAAAAUGUUGGUCGGAAAUUAAAAAGAUCUAGAAAUAUGGUCAAAUUUGAAAUUGUCAAUGUUAGGCCGAAUUGCAGUUAUUAAGAUGAAUGUAUUGCCUAGAAUGUUAUUCUUGUUCCAAACAUUACAAAUUCUAGACAAGAUAGACUGUUUCAAGAGGUGGCAGAAGGAUAUUUCGAAAUUUGUCUGGCAGGGCAAAAAGCCCAGAAUAAAAUUCAAAAUAUUGACGGAUGCAAAAGAAAGAGGGGGGUUUGCCCUGCCGGACUUAAAACUGUAUUAUGAAGCAGCAGCUUUUUGCUGGCUGAAAGAAUGGAUGCUCCUCGAGAAUACAGACAUUUUGGACCUAGAAGGUUUUAACAUUACAUUUGGUUGGCAUGCAUAUUUAUGGUAUGAUAAAAUUAAGGUGCAUAGGGCCUUUAAAAAUCAUAUUGUCAGGAAAGCAUUAUAUAAUGUUUGGAUAAGAUAUAAAGAUUUGGUGGAAAGUAAGACCCCUAGAUGGUUGUCACCUUUGGAAGCUACGGCGUUGAAAAAGCUUAAUAUGGAAGCCGAAUGGCUAAAGUAUCGGGAAAUUUUGGAACAAGAUGGAGAUAAGUUGAAGCUACAGAGCUAUGAGAAAUUGAAACCCAAAGUACGAGAUUGGCUCCAUUAUUAUCAAAUAAUGGAGGUGUAUAAACAAGACAGGAAAAUUGGCUUCCAGGUGGAGAAAUCAAAAUUAGAAACUGAACUGUUAGAACCCAAUACUAAGAAUUUGUCAAGAAUGUAUAAUUUGCUGCUGAAAUGGAACACACAAGAUGAAAUAGUUAAAUCAGCUAUGAUUAAGUGGGCACAGGACAUUGGUCAUAACAUUAUGUUUGCUGACUGGGAAUGGUUGUGGAACACCGGUAUAAAAUUUACGGCAUGUAAUGCCAUAAAGGAAAAUAUUAUGAAAAUGAUCUAUAGGUGGUACAUGACUCCAGUCAAGCUAGCAAAAAUUUACCAUUUGCCUGAUAAUAAGUGUUGGAAGUGUAAAGAAACUGAAGGUACCUUUUAUCACCUUUGGUGGACGUGCCCAAAGAUUAAGGCUUUCUGGGAAAUGAUAUAUAAUGAAUUAAAAAAGGUACUUAAAUGUACUUUCUUGAAUAAAACAGAGGCCUUUCUCUUGGGCAUUGCAGGCAAAUUGGUAUCAAAGAAAUACAGAACUUUUUUUAUGUAUGCCACGACAGCAGCAAGAAUACUCAUCGCAAAGUAUUGGAAGACAGAAGAACUACCCACCUUGGAAGAGUGGCAGAUGAAGGUUAUAGACUAUAUGACAUUGGCUGAGAUGACUGGCAGAAUCCGUGAACAGGGGAAAGAGACGGUGGAAGAAGAUUGGAAGAAAUUUAAAGUCUAUCUAAAGAACUAUUAUAAAAUUGAGGAAUGUUAAAAUGUCGAGGUUUGGAAAAAGAAAAGGAGAUUACAGCGACAUAAGAUUAAGUUGAAGGAAAAAAAAAUAAUAAGAAAAAUAUAUCUGAUAAAAUUAUAUAGAAUUUGCUGAAAUAAUUUUGGAAAUUGGGAUGUAGGAAGGGGGGGUUUGGGGGAGUCCGAGAAGAGAGGGCUAUGAAAAAAAGGUUAUGAAACUAUACAUGUUUGUUUGUCUUUUUAUUUGUUUGUAUUGUAUAAAACAUGUUUGUAAAAUCAAUAAAAAAAUUAUAUAUAUAAAAAAAAAACAAACUGCUAGGUUGGCAGGAGCAGUGACCGAGUAACGGUAGCUCACCCCGUCGCGGGGAUUCGAACCGUGACCUUCCGAUUGGCAAGUCCUAGGCUCUGUGGUUUAACCCACAGCGCCACCCGCAUCCCUUCCAUUCAGUGUUACUUUAUUGCAUAUUCCAUCAACUGGUGCACCCACUAUGUUCUAAUGGGGAGAAUCUAACCAUUAGACAUUGGCAAACAGACCUUGAAAGAGCAGACAUAGGGUAUCUCAUCCCUCCAAUUUUAGGGCAGGGGGUUAUUGUGUGAAGUACGAAUGUGGGUUGUAGCUUGAUUUGUUUACUAGCUUCAAUCUCAUUCAAAAACACGCACACUUAAAAGUUCCCCUUCGGAAUUUCUGCAGCAGAGGCCCCACCUCCCUGUCACAAUCAAACAUUAUGUCUUUCCUCUCCCUUUUGAUCUCUUUGGACUUUUCCUCUGUUCUUUGCUAUGGACCCCAGCGGCGUUUCCACAUUUUACAUGGAGCCAGCUGACAAUUGUCAUUUGCCUGAGAGGUCAGUGAUUGAGUUGAAACUGAGAUACGUUGGUUUGUUAUUUUUUAAAAAAAUCAUCCAUCUCCAUCCCUGGUGGGGUGCUUCCCAUGGAAAGUACAGCAAGGAACUCAGCUAAUGGCAAGCAUGGAAUCUGUUUCAAUUGAGUUGGCAAUUUCAGCUGGCUGGCAGGUGGCCUGAAACAAGCCAUUAAAAAAAUGUGCGUCAUUCCUGCAGCUUUCUUCCUUUUUUUUCCUGAGGAGAAGCACAUCCGGAAGUUUCUUAAUGCUUCCUAUGUUGCAAAAUGGAGAGAAACUUGAAGAUCCUCCAGGCAGAACUAGAAUUGAAUACAUAAAUUUAUAAAGAAAGCCCAAGCAGCAUGGAUUGCACAAACGUAUUAUUAGCUCCAUGAAUUGUCUUUGGGGCUUUGCUGGAAACUCCCCAGUAAGUCAUGAUAAUGGACUGAGAUAUUGAAUGUACUUUUUCCUGGACACCUUGCAAAUGGCAUUUGAUGUGUUUUUGGAAGUCAGCAUCAAACACAGAUCAUUAUGCUUGACUCAGUUUUUUGUGGGGGGUUUUCUUCUGCCCAUUGACUGAUGGCUGCUUUUCUAGAGAAAGAAAAAGGCCUACACAGUGAUAAAAAGAAAUGACUCUAAAAUAAAUUGCUGGGAACUUCCAGCAGAUGACUGGUCUGUUACCCCAAUUGUAGAAUCAUCUCUAGCUAAUAAAAGGGACAUUGUAGCUCAUCUGGCAAAUUGCCAAGUGACUGUUAGUUAAAACCCGCUAUGCAAUGCUUCCCAAACUUUUUCUGGCCACUGCCCCUUGGUACCAUAAACUCACCCACUGUGUCCCCUACCCAGUAAAAAGCAUGAUUUGGAAUAGGAGUUUGCACAACCCACUAAGGAAGUUAUUAACACAAUAAAUUUCAAAACAUUAAUUAAUUGCACAUUUUUCAAAACCCAAUUAAUUUAACUAAUAAUAAAAUAAUUUUAAUUUUUAAAUAAUAAUAAUAAUAAUAAUAAUAAUAAUAAUAACAACAAUGGCCAUUUACACCUCCAGCAUCCCUCUGCUGCACUCUGGCCUCCUAGUGCCCCCCUUGGUAAUCCCAUUCCCUUCCACAGGGAAUGACAACUAUAGUAAUCACACCGUCAAACAUACACAACACUCACAUUACGAACUUGUGCAUGUCUACACUGAAGUAAAGCCCCACUGAGUUCAAUGGGGCUUAUACUCAUCUAGGAUUGGUCCUACCAUUAGGCAAAGUGAGACAACUGCCUCAGGUGGUGGAUGGUGAUGAUGUCAAUCUUCUUGAGUGUGAGAGCCCUUUCCCCUCUUGUGUCUCCCAGCAACUGGUAGUCAGAAGCAUUGCUGCCUCUGACUGUGGUGGCAGAACAUAGCCAUCAUGGCCAGCAGCCAUUGAUAGCACUAUCUCCAUGAAUCCAGAAGUUUCUAGUGUAGAGAAGCAUCAGCUACAUCUGAAGGCCUCCUGCUCUGGAUUCUUCACUGCAACUUUGACGAGUGUUCCUCUGAUGCCCAAGAGAUGGCAGCACACAUUUCAUUCCUGGGUAAAUGGAAUGUUCCAUGAGCUACCAGAGGGGCUAUUGCGAGCAGGAUGAAACGCUAGUAAUCUAGAAGACAAACGGCUCAUAUCGUCCUUUCUGGUUUAUUUGUUAAAGUCAAAUGGUUCAGCCCAAAUGGUUUUCAUGGCUCCCUACCCCCCACAAAGUACAGGUGGGAGAGGAUGACUUUUUAUGCUAGACAGACAAAGGAUGAACCUUGACAGGAAGCCAAUGAGCACAUUUGCAGACACUUUGAGAGAGGCUGUCUGGCAAUCUUGUGUGGGAAUCUUAUGAUUCAGCAGCAGUUUCUGGUUAAUUAAAUUAUGUCUUAUCUCACCAGAGGAGAAAAGGAAGGGGGCCCCAGUUCUCUGGUGGUGACUCUCCUUUGGAGAGGCAAGCACAAAUGAGCAAUUUCAGAGGCAAAGAAGAAUGCCUUUCUUUAUUAAACCUGAGUGGGAAGCCAAAGUUAUAAAAUGACCACAGUGUAUCCAUUCCAAAGAUAUGUCUACAGGGGCAGUAGCUUGGUGGUAGAGUAUCUGUCUUGCAUGCAGAAGGUUUCAGGUUCAAACCCUGGUAGGGAGGUAGGGCUGGGAGAGACUCCCAUUCUAAAGCCUUGGAGAGAUGUUGCCAGACAGUGUAGAAAACGCUGAGCUCAAUGGACCCAAUGGUCUGAUUCAGCAUAAUGCAGCCUCCUCUGUCCCUAUGUUUGAAUGAAUGAAGAAUUAAAACCCACCACCUAAAUCAUGGGUAGGCAAACUAAGGCCCGCGGGCCGGAUCCAGCCCAAUCGCCUUCUAAAUAUGGCCCACAGACAGUCUGGGAAUCAGCAUGUUUUUACAUGAGUAGAAUGUGUGCUUUAAAAUAAAUAAAUGCAUCUCUGGGUUAUUUGUGGGGCAUAGGAAUUCGUUCAUCCCCCCCCCCAAAUAUAGUCCGGUCCCCCACAAGAUCUGAGGGACAGUGGACUGGCCCCCUGCUGAAAAAGUUUGCUGACGCCUGACCUAAAUCAGAGAGAGAGAAUCUGCUCAGAUGUUGUUGGAGUGAAUCUGCCAUCAUACCCAACCAUGCUGGCUGAGGCUAAAUGGAGUCCAACAACAUCUGGAGGGCCACCAUGCCUGAGUUAUUAGACCAGGCUUCCUCAAACUUGGCCCUCCAGAUGUUUUGAGACUACAAUUCCCAUCAUCCCUGACCACUGGUCUUGCUAGCUAGGGAUCAUGGGAGUUGUAGUCCAAAAACAUCUGGAGGGCUGAGUUUGAAGAAGCCUGUAUUAGACAAUGGUUUGAAUCAAGGUCAAGGAUUUCUGGGGAAUUCAACUCAAUAGUACUCAAUCUGAGUAUUACAAGGGUGUGAUUCCAGAGUUUUCCUGCCAUGAAUGCCACUCACAGCUCUGUGCUUGAAUUUCCCAAGGUCUGCUAUUUGGAACAACGUUUUUUACAACCUGAGGUUCCCGUGUAGCAACUCAAUCUCAACCCCAAGUUGAUGAAUUCUGAAAGAUCUGACAACUGCUAGAGAUGGAUUCCUGGCAUGGUUCACUCAUCCCCUGGUAUAAAUUUCCAGCUGUUUAAAAGAAUGAAACUGGAGGGGUGGAUGAAGAGAAGCCCUCCCCCCCCCCGGCUGCGUCCCUCUCCAUGUGCUUCAACAGCCCCAAGCGGGAUCAUUUAGAAUGAAUUUUGGUUUGACGUCUUUUGGCAAUCCUGUUGCAUAGAGAGCAAGACAAAUGGUCCUCUUAUCUCAAAAGCAGCAACCCACAAGCACUCCUGUUUCUAAUUGGAGCCUGGCAGAACUUCUUUCUUCCAUCCAUCAAGCUGGUGAAUAAAAAAUGAGUAACCUUACAGCUGGGACUCGCCCGUGGUGAGUAGCAACGUUUGGGGAGGAGGUAAAGAAAUCCAGGCCAUUUAGUACCGUCAUUCCUUUCCUUGGCUCAACAUUAACUUGUUUUCCAUUGUAGUUUUUGAAGAACCGGGUUGACUUUAUCUCUUAGAUGAGGGAGGAUAAGAAGCACUCCUCUCCCCAGGGGCCUUUGAUAGUUGGUCCAGCACUCCAGAAGGGGCCAAAUGACAAGGCAGGACCUGAAAAAUGUGGCUCAUUUGGAAGGCCAGGAGUACAAAUCUCUUUGGAAAGGGGAUGUUAGGUUUUACUGGGGGGGUUGGGGGGGCUUCAUCUUUAUAUUUCUUGCAUCCCUCUUUUGUUUUGAUGAAAAGGGAUGAUUUUAAGAGGGUAUGUGUGCUCCCUCUCUCUCCUCUGCCCACCUUCUUAAAACAGCCAGACAAAGGUAGAGGCAAAAUGUAUAUGAGUGGAUAUUUUAUUUUUCUUCAUGUGCUUUCUAGGAUCACAUCCUGUUGCACACACUCCAGCAGGAAGAGACUCCAGGGGUUCUUGCACUUACUCAGGGCUCUGUUCCCUUGGAAUGAAGGUCAAAAGAGACAGUGAUAUUGUGAUAGGAAUUUUGAGGUCUUAGAUAUAUGUUAGAUGUUCAUAAGUGUACCAACCAAGCACGUACAUAGAUCAGCACAGGAAGACCAACCUGAAACCAUUUUGAUUCCCAAACUGAGCAAAGGUUUUCUCUGCAAGGUCAAAGGAAAAUGGAAAAGCCUCCCAUUGUCUUUUCCUUCACAAAUCCUGUCUUAAGGGUAUGUCUGUAUUUGAAUAGGGUGAGCCUGUGACCUGACUCAGGAACUAAGUAUUUAUCAUUACUAAGUAUUUAUCAUUACAAAAGACUGGCCAGGCUCCUCAGGGUAUCCAAUCAAGUAAGCAGGCAAUCCAAUCAAGUGACCAUUAAACAGGUAACCUGUCAGACGAGAUAAACAAGUCACUCAGAUUUCUGUUUUAGACCACCUUUUCUGUGAUAUAGGUAUGAUGUAUCUGGGGGGGUGGUGGUCUUGAGUUACACCCCUUCUGUGAUGUAUGUGUGAUGUUUCUGGGGGUGGUCUUGAGCUCGAGGGCAGGGAAUUUAAAAUGUCUAUAUAAGGCCUUGUGCGCCAUUGUUCUAGGUUUCUCCUCCCUCCUGCAUUGUGGUGAGUGAGGACCCUCUUGCAACAGAUCAAUAAAGAUCAGGCUUACUAGCUGCUUUGCUUCUCAAUAUUCUCUGGUUGGCCUCUGUUAUUUUCUCCUACCAAUAGGGAACCUAUGUAAGGACUCUAUAUGGGCUCUAUAUGGGAAGCAAGCAAACCCUACUUUAAUUUUUAAAACAUAUGCCCCUCCUUGGGGUCAGAUCAAACCAUCUGUCCAGCUGCUGUCAUCACAAUAAAACAAUUACAAAUUUGUAACUGUAAAAAAGCAACAACCCAACACUGCAAGUAUAAACAAUAACAGACAAGGAUGGCAGAUUCUUUCCCGGACUGCACCACACACACACACCUACCUAUACCUUCUGCCUGAAAUAGGCCACACACAUUCUGCUGAAAUCUGGACUUCAGAUGUGCACAUGGGGGCAUGUGGUUUCAAGACCAACCUUGGCCACGUCAUCCAGAACAAAAUGGCCUUCUUAUGUUCUCCUCUCUGAAGCCCUGGGCUGAUCAGGGUUUAUGGGAACUGUAGUUGAAAACAGCUGGAGGACAGCAGGUUACAGAACCAACUGAAUGUCCAAUGGGGCAUGAUGAGCCUUCUCCCUUUUACAACCAGAAGACUGCUGCAGUCUUCAGGAGGGUUUCUCCUGCGAGUUCCAACAAUCUCAGAAGGCACAGCGACUCAGAUCUGGGCUUUUAGUGUGGCUGCCCCUGCUCUGUGGAAUAGCAUUCCUGUCGAGAGAUGACAGGCACCCACUCAUUGCACUUUCCAGAAGCAGCUGGAUAAAUGAGUCUUUACCUGGAGCGUCCAGUUGUUAGGGUUUGGGCCUUGUUUUAAAGAUAUUUGUUGUUUUUAAUUUAAUAUUUUAAAAACUUUGAGGCGGGGGCUUUGAAGGCAAUUAAUAAAUCAAAGUUAAUUAACUAAUACAUUAAUAAGCUCAUUUGUUGGGGCUCAUCACAUCACUGAACUCAAUCCAGAUUUGCAUACUAAUACUGCAUCUUCUUUUUUCCUGCUACUUCAAUCUGUCUUUAAGUAACAUCACCACAAAACCCACCUGGGUAGCUCCCACCUCCCAUUUAAGGCUUAAAUGAUGGAUCUGAUUACUCUGCUGAUUCAGCAGCUUGACAUAUUGCAUUCCUUCAGGCUGGGAGUCUGAAUGUUCAAAAAAUUACGAAAUGCAUUGCUCAGCAAAAGAGAGGGGUGAGGAGGGUGGAGAGAGAAGGCUUUAUGGAUGCCUAUAAACCAGUGGCCAUAUUUGUUUGGUUUCAUGGAAAGCGCUCUCGGAGCGAGUCAUUUCACCGAAGUUCAAAGUGUAUGGUUUCAAAAGGGUUUCAACGGUUGCCAAAACCUUCCUGGUUCCGAGGGUCUCGUCAUGCUAAGUGGUUGUCAUGGGGACAAUUCUUUCCCAUUAUUAUGCCUGGAGUCUUUCCUAAACCACAUUAGAAGUGGAUACUGUUACAAAGGUUUCAGAAUCAACAAUGGAAGCUCAGAAGAGGACAAAUCCUUUCCAGAUGUUGUAAACUAAGAGUAGUUUACCUUUCAUGCAAAAGGGAAUAAUUUUUGGAAUGAUUCUUAAUGCCUGGGGGGGCGGGGGUAGAAUUCCCUCUAACCAACCACCUGUUAUAUCCUUGUAGUUAAGAUCGGAAGUACACAUUUUGGGAUAGGUCUUCCUUUUAGCAUGCUUCUAAGAAGUUUACAUCUGAGCUGCGAAAGGAUAUAUUUGAAUUGGGAAAUAGCCAGUGGCUUGUUCCUUCUUCACAUUCUGUUUCAAUAUAGGACAUCCUUUCAAGAUGUAAAUGAAUUUGUAUAUAUUCAAAUUCACCAGGGAUACAGAGCGAUGCAAACAGUGGCUUGUUUCUGUAUCAUAUAUUUUUAUCAGACAUUUUGCUUGUUUUCUAUAUUGAUCCUUUAUCCCCUCUUGUUGGCACAGAAAGAUUGGCCUCAGUCUUGCCCCAGUAAUGCUCCUUUGAAGAUUUGAAUUUUAAUUAAAACCUGAGAACUUGGGUUGUGGCCAAUGUUAGCCUUACUUUGGUUAGGUGAAAAAUUCCUGACAUCCGCAAAGUUGCUGAGCUGUUUUUAGGAAGUGUGAUUUUUUGCUGAAAAUUCCACCCUGACGCCAUUUUUACACCAAGAAGCCAUUUUGGGAAUUUUCCUGAUGUUUGGCAAGCCUAAAGACUUGGGUCCAUGUGUAUACUUAAAGCCAUAGCUGUCAACGUUUUCCUUUUUUUAAGGGAAAUUCCCUUAUUCCGAAUAGGAUUCCUCGCAAGAAAAGGGAAAAGUUGACAGCUAUGCUUAAAGCACUCUGACAAUGUGAAUAUUCAUGGCUUCAAAGAAUUCUAAGAGCUGUAGUUUCUUAAGAGUUGUUGGGGACCCAUAUUCCCCUCACAGAGCAACAAUUCCCACAGUGGCUUAACAAUUAAUUGUUCUGCACAGUGAACUCUGGGAAUUGCAGCUUUGUGAGGGGAAUAAGGGCCUCCUAACAACUCUGAGCACCUUUAACAAACUACAGCUCCCAGAAUUCUUUGGGGAAAGCCAUGAUUAUUUAAAUGAUAUCAUAGUGCUUUGAAUGUAUGGUGUGAAUGUGGCCAUAGUUGGAUGCAGCCCUUAAUUAGUGGCUGUUAAUGAGUCAAUGCAUGCUAUGUUAAUCUUUGGCUUCUUCAGUUUAAUACAUGUUGGGAGAAAUGGCCAACUGCUAUCAACAAGAGUGAAUCAGCUGGCGAGAGGUUGACUAACGGUUAAUAGAGGAAUCUGCACUAGACAGUUCAUGCUCCACAGGUGAUCUUUUGUAAGAUGCUCCCUUCCUCUUAUCUUUUCCAACAAGGCAACCUUGAGACAAGUCAUCCCUCUAAUCAGGCUGUGCAAAUAUUACUGGGCAGGAGGAACCAAAUGUUCUUGUCCAGAGUGGUGUAUUUAUAGACCACAAGGGCUCAAGAUUUCCCCUGUUCUAUUAUAGAAAUUGAGGCAUCUGCUCCUAGUACUGACAACAGCCUUACUCUGGUUGUAGAACUGAUCGACGCUGAUUAAGUUCCAUGCAUAGAAAGCCUCCAUAAAUCAACACAGGAGUUCAGAACAUAAUGAGAGCCCUGCUGGAGCAGUCCAAGGGUCCAUCUUGUCUAGCAUUCUCUUUCUCAUGGUGUCACUAAAUGCCUCUGGGAAGUCCACAAGCAUGACACAAGCACAAUCAUCCUCUCCUGCUGAUGUCACCCCAAAACUGGUGUUCAGAGGUCUUUGAUCCUGGAAGUAAUAUAGAGCCAUCAAGACUAGUAACCAUUUGUUGAUCUAUCCUCUAUGAAUUUGUCCAGCCUCUCUUUAAAGCCACCUAAGCUGGUUGCCCUUGCCACAUCCUAUGUCAAAGAGUUCCAUUGUUUAACCAUGAGCAUACUUGAGCUUCAGGCAAGCAGGUAAGGCAGAGUGCCUGAUUGCAAGCAGCAGGCGCUACCACACAAAAGACCCCGGUCUUAGGAGACAUAAGAUGGACCUUGGGAGCAUGUGGCACUACUAAGAGUGUAUUUCUCAAGAAUCAAAGGCAGGGAUAUGCAUGGUAAGGUGUUCCCAGAGGAAACUGGGUUCCAAGUUGUUCAGAGAUCUGAAUCUCAACAACAAGACGUAAAACUCGACCCUUAAAGCAAAUUUCCCCCCUCAAACAAUUCUGGGCACUGUAGCUUGACAAGGAUUGCUGGGAAUAGCAACUAUGUGAGGGGUAAACUGCAAGGCCCAGAAUUCUUGGGGUGGGGAUGGGGGUGUGUUUCAAAUGUUCUUCAAAGUUAUAAUGUUUACGCAGCCUCUCUCUUCAUAGUGGCUUGUUCAGGUGAUCAACCAAGGAGAGAUUAAAGCAGUUCUAAACAUGGAAGCCAGGGGGCAAUAUAUAAUACCAUGCCCAGUUGGGGCGGAGGAAUUGUUGGCUUUCCUGACUUCUAAGCGCCGGCAUAAAACAAUCCUAUCAUCAGGGUUUUUAAUAGAUUAUGUAUUUAUUACUCAUUUGCCAUCUUAAUUUUAUUGCUGUGCCGUGGGUUGGCUUUUACUGCUCUCGCUGCUUCUCUCCCGUUCCUUCUUGUCACCUCUGCUCUCAGUGCACUUUGUCUCCAUCAUCUUACUGAUUGGAUGGUUUGCAUUUUUGGCCUGUCCAGGGCUGAAUUAAGACCUUUAGAAGAGGCCCUAAGCCCUGAAAAGAGUAUGGUCCCCCCCCAUAAGUAAUUCAAAAUAAAAAGAAUAUUGAACCAGAAAAUAUUUUUAACGUUUUUAUUUUUUGAAUGUUUUAAAUAGUUGUUUUAAGAACAUAUGAAGAGCCUGCUGGAUCAGGCCAAUGGCCCAUCUAGUCCAGCAUCUUGUUCUCACAGUGGCUAACCAAACGUUUGUGGGAAACCCACAACCAGGAUUCAAGCUCAAGAGCACUCUCCCUUCCUGUGGUUUCUGGCAACUGUUCUUCCAGCAACUAUGGAGGCAGAGCAUAGCCACCAUGGUUUACUAGACACUGAUAGCCUUAUCCUCCAUGAAUCUGUCCAGUCCUCUUUUAAAGCCAUCCAAGUGGGUGGCCAUCACUGCCCCAUGUGGGAGCGAGUUCCAUAGUUUAGCUAUGUGCUUCAUGAAGAAGUAAAGUGGUACCUUGGGUUACAGAUGCUUCAGGUUACAUACGCAUCAGGUUACAGACUCUGCUAACCCAGAAAUAGUACCUUGGGUUAAGAACUUUGCUUCAGGAUAAGAACAGAAAUUGCGUGGCGGCGGCGCGGCAGCAGCAGGAGGCCCCACUAGCUAAAGUGGUGCUUCAGGUUAAGAACAGUUUCAGGUUAAGAACAGACCUCCAGAACGAAUUAAGUUCUUAACCCGAGGUACCACUGUACUUUCUUUUAUCUUCCAAAAUUCAGCUACAUUGGUUGGCUAUGAGUUCAAUGUUAUGAGAUACAUUUUCUCCAUGACAUGCAUAAUUGCAUAAACUUCUUCCAUGCCACUAUCAUUUCCUUAAAAAUCCCUCCUCACUAUUUCUUUAAUCUCUAACGUAUUUGUUUUGCAACCCAGGAUUAGCUUGCUGUCUAGGAUUCAUUUCUGAGGUUUCAGAGUCCUUAACAACAUCUCAUCGGCAAGACAUACUACAAUUGCCGGUUGGCCUCUCUCCCCACCCUCUUAAACCUACACAGUUUCAGCCAAAUAUUGGCCCCAGUUCUGAAAAUAAAUCAAGAGAAUAAUGCAAAUGGUUAGCAGCCAAUUUAUGACAUACUCUGAAGAAAGGACUGGCUAAGAUUUAUGCAUUUUAUGACACUGUGUCAAAAGACACACAUCUCAACCAAAUAGUAGCUAGCUAAUUAUUAAACACAAAAUAUCUAUCAAUGAUCUGUGGAAUGGGAUGGGCAAGUACAGGGAUUUUCUCAAAGCUAUGGUAUCCCUUCUGACAAUUUGCUGAGGUCUAACAUUUUCUAAGGUUGAGUCUCCAUCCCAGUAUUGAUUUACACACACACACACACACACACACACACACACACACACACACAUUAUAAUCAGUGCUCUAUGUUUUCUGUAGGGCUACAGAACUCAGCCUUAGAAUUAACUCAGGUUAACCAAUGUAUUUUGAACAACAUAUGUGAGGUAGGAGCUAAAUGACUGAAUGUUCCAUCACUGUCACAGUCAGGCUGCAAGUAGUGGUCUGAGAUCCUUCGAAAGCCAGCAGCCAGAACUAAAGAGCAAGUCAGGACUGAAGGGGAAAUCAGGGACAACAGGUCAGGAAACAAGACCAAAGGACACAGGAACACACCAGGGUUCAGGAAGGUUUAAGCAAAGCUCAGUUGAAAGAGGAAGUCUUCUUAUACUCUCCCCUGUCCAGGAGGAACCAAUGGCCAGGCUGGGUGAGCAGAGUCAUUCCAGGACCUGAUGGUAUUUCAGGUAUACACACACAGUUUCCUUGCCAAUGGAAAACAAGCAUCUUGGAAGGAAGAUUAGCUGACUAACUUUGCCUAGAUGUUCUGCAGCCUGAGGGCUGCCAUUGCCUCCUAAGCAACCUUCCAGGGGCCGUUUGCUGAUGGUAGGUGUGGGCAAAAGUAAAAGUGGGUGCAGCAAUGAAUGGAAGUGUUUGUAUGGUGCGCAGCAUUUGAGUGUUGCAAAAGCCAUGCGCCUCUCCAUCCUCCAUCCAGGCAGGCAGGAGACAUUAUCAGCAAAAGCACUGAUGCAGAGCAGAGGCAGUGGGGAUAAUAGCCUAGGAGGGGAGUCUCAAGGGCCAGAUGGGGAAGCCUGGAGGGCCACAUCUUGUGCCUAGACCUGAGCUUCCCCAAACCUGAAUGUGCAGAGAUAUUGUUUUUAAGGAAGAAUCGUUGUGGCAUCCUCAUCCAAAGCUUGUGUCAUCACCUUGCUCUCCUUAUUUAUUUAUAAGCCUUUGGGGACAGAAUAUUGUAGGGGGGGGGGAUAAAUCCUGGAUUGGUUGAGAAAUAGUUGCCUUCGGUGAGUCAGUCUCAGGAACAGCAAAGCAGAGUUGGUGUACCCAAGAUACAUAUGUUUUCCAUUGAUGAGAUAAAUCUCCACACACGUCUUGGCUCCCAGAAACUGUUGAUCCUCCACAUUGCAUAAUAUUAUUUUGUGGCUGAUUUAAUUCUCCUGCUUUCCACCCUGACACCUACCUUACAGAGAAAGCCAGCACGGCAAUUGAAAUAAGGGUAAGACAUCUGUGAUUUCUCAGAACUAUCUAUAACCUAUGAAGGGAAAAAAAUAUGCUAAAAAGUUCUAAGCAGUGCCACAAGUCUAUGCAGCAACCCAUCUAGCACAUUCAUCACCAGUAUUUCCCCAGCCAUAACUCAGAAUGUUCCACUGAGUCAAAUUGUUGUGAUUCAGCUACAAAUAUUGUUUCUAGUCACAUGAAGAAUGGCAGAUGCAACCAGGUAAACUUAGCGAAGGGGAAUCAUUAGGUACUUAACAGACUUAGCAGACUGGCCUAUGACACAACUUUGCACAUGUUAAUUUAUGCAUUAAAAAAUCGCCAGUGUGGUAUAGUGGUUAGAAUGCUAAACUGAGACCUGGGUUCAGAUUCCCACUUGGGCAGGAAGCUCUUCUUGGGCCAUUGGGCCAGUCACUGCCUCUCAGCCUAACCUACCUCACAAGACUGUUGUGGAGAUUAAUUGAAGAGGGGAGAACCAUGUAUGCUACCUUGCGCUCCUUGGAGGAAAAUCAAUAAAUAAACAAAUAUGCAGACCUGGCAUACAGUUACAUGUACUGAAUUAUAUGUAUACAUGGAAAUUUAGGCUGACUUUCAGCACUUGCUGUCAGGCCUUAUUCUGAACUAUGAGUUCAUAGGUUUGGGAACCUAGUGCAUUGUAUGUGGGUUAAGCAGGUCCCAAGGAGCUCAAAGUGACAGUCACAUGGUUCUUCCCCUCCCUUCUUUUAUCCCCACAACAACCCUGUGAAGCUGCGUAGGCUGAGAGCUUCCUGGCCAAGUGGGAACUUGAACCCUGAUCUCCCAGUUCAUAGCCUGACACUUUAACCACUACAUUCCUUCUCUCAGUUUGGCUUUCUCUGUUGGCAUUGAUGAAGAAAUAGCACUUUCUGAGCACCUGUUUACAGGGGUUGACAUUCUGUCCCUUUUUGAUGAUGUCUCCUGUAUUAUGGUGUUGGUCAUUGAGCAAACACAAGUGUUCUGGGGAAAUAUAUUCAGGGAAAUCCUUAGUGGAGUAGACUGAGGUCACAUCCACACCAUACAUUUAAAGACCACGAUCCACCCCCACCCUAAAAUUACCUCCUGUGGAAUUACAAUUCCCAGCAUCCUUAACAAACUACAGUACCAAGAAAUCUUUGGGUGAAGCCAUGAGCUUUAAAUGUGUAUUGGGUAUGCCUUCAAUGUGUGGUGUGGCUAUGACCUGGAGCCAUAGCAGACUUUCAAUUUUCUUUUGGCCCGUAAAUUAAUGUUUGACAAAUGGGGUGUAGGUUUGUAGCAAGCAGAGUGAGAGGAAGCUCACCGGCAGACGCAGCCCCCAUGGAAAACUUCCGUCAACUGUGUCUGAAUCAGUGUCUGUGUCUCCCUGGCUUCCAGUUGUGUUUUUCACUACUGUAUCUUCUGGAAAUUCCUCUUAGGCAGAAGUGUUACAGAAAUUGCCAAAAUCAGGCCAAGAAAAGAGAGCAGGCUGCUUUCUCCAAAGCUCAUGUUUUCUUUGAAUUUCUUUGGACUCUUUGAAGAAGAGUUCCUCUAGCUCAGGUUUGUCUACACAGACUGGCAGCAGCUCAGUAUUACUCUCUCUCAACCCUACCUGCAGGUGCUGGAAAUUGAACCUGGGAACUUCUACAUCCAAGGCAGUUGCUCUAGCGCUGAGCUAUAGCCCUUCCCCAAAGGCAAACUGUACCAGCUUCAAUGCUGGAAUUAAUAAUUUUCGACAUUCUUUUAUUUAAAAUGGCAAUUGGAAGGGGUAGAAAGAAGAGGGGAGCAAACCAACAGAACAAUGAAGUCACAGGAAGAAGGAAUUUUCCUCAGCAUUGUGUACACACAGACACACAUGCAGGAACCAUAGACUCGGCACACUCUUUUACACUCCGGAUCAUGACUUGAGUUUAACGACAGCUUUGCUAGCGAUGGGGGAGACAUAACUAACAACAGCAAGAGAUUACUGGCUGCUAAACAACAUUCCAGGAUGCAAUACAAUGCAGGACGUUCAAAAUGAUGCUACUGAGACAAGGCAACUGAUUACCCAGCCAUCUGGUUUGGGUAAAUGUGUUACGGCUGCAGUUAUAAGAUUAGACUCUAAUGAUUUGAUUUCACACCACUGAUUAUCACAGGCAGCACACUGUUUCUAAUUAUAUGUUUUUCCCCCAAAGACAUCCAUUGGCUUCUGUAUUUCAGCUAUUGUGUUUAUCCAGAGAAGAUCUAUUAGAUUAUUGACCUUGCCAAUCUUCUGUUCUCAGCCAUCAUCUGUAGUAAGAGUGGGGAAUCUGCAGCUCUCCGGGUGUUGCUGCAGUCCAUCUCCCAUCAGCCCCAGCCAACAUGGUCAAUGGGCGGGAGUAAUGGGAAUGGUUGCCCAGCAACUUCUGGGGGCCAGAGGUUCCCCAUUCCUGAUCUGCAGUAAGGAUGAAUGAAUAGGGAGUUGGGUACAUUUAGCUUGGAGAAGAGAAGACUGGUCGGUGAUAUGAUAGCCACCUUCAAAUAGCAGAAGGUCUGUCAAAUGGCAGAUGGAAUGAGCUUGUUUUCUGCUGGUCCAAAGGGCAGGAUCCAAACCAAUGGAUUCAAGUUACAAGGCAGGAGAUUCCGACUAAAUGUUAAGAAGGACUUCCUGACAGGAAAAGCUGUUCAACAGAGAAAUGGAUUACCUCAGAAGGUGGUGGGUUCUCUUUCAUUGGUGGUUUUUAAAUGGAAGUUGAUUGGCCAACUGUCAAGGAUUCUUUAUCUAUGAAUCCUGCAUUGCAGGGGUUUGGACAAGGUGACCUGUGGGGUUCCUUCCAACUCUACAGUUCUGUGAUUCUAUGAAUAAGUCAAUAAAUUGGAUUUUUUUUUUCUUUUGAGGAGGAAGGGAGGGUCAUUUCCCCCCAUUUCCCCCCUUCAGGUUUUCAUUUUUUAAAACUUCCAUUUGCAACAUUUCCAUGUUAGUUUAUGAAGUUGUUUUGGGGCUUUUUUAAAAGUCCUGGCAGAAAGAAUUCCAGCAUUUUAGUGGGCAAAAUAUGUACAUUUUGUAUGCAAUUUCUCCCAAAUAUACACAUUUUUGCAAGCAAUUUCCCCUAAUAUUUUGCCUUUUGUUUAUUUUCAUGGCUACAUACACACUGUCCCUCAAUAUAUGCAUGCUAUUAGUUGGAAAAUAGCAUCAUAAAAUGCAAAUUUCAAACAGUAGCUUGAAUUUUGGGUUGUGUAUUGUUUCAGGAAGCAUCAAUUAGUUAGGUUCACAUUAAAAUGCAAACAGGAGGGAAUUUCUUCCCCAUUCCUAUUCUACAGAAUAUGAAGUUUUUUGUGAAGGUGAAUGAGUUUACCAUUUUCUUAAUGAAUGAAUGGAGGGAGAAGGAAGGAAAGGGUGGUUAGGCUUAUUUACAACCCUGGAAUCUCGACGAGGUGACAUCCACCUGAAACAGAGACUUCCAGGAAUUUUCGUUUCCCCAAGGCAUGGAUGGUACCCACAAAAGCUGUGAUCUUAUUUUUAUAAGAUAUCCAGUAAUUAAAAAAAGGUCAAAGUUCCGUAGAAUGACUGCAAACAGAUCACAUUGGGUGGAGAACUUUCUGAAAUAGCUACUGGAUGCAGUCUUUUCCAUGUGGUUAAUUUCAAUGAUUUUGGCUCAAGACUUAAGAGGAAUGCGUAGAGGAUAGGGAUUGGGAAAGUAUUUUUCAGCCCAGGGGUAACAUCUCUUUGUGGGCAACCAUCUGGGCCUGCAGGCCAGCCAUGGGCAGGAACAGAGGAAAAGCUGGAGAGAUCAAUGGAAGUUUGUGCAACAGGGUAGAUUCCAUUCAUGCCAAAGCUACAGGUUUUCAGUCCCACAUCUCUUUGUAUCCUCCAUCUAGGCAAGCAAGAGGCAUGGUAAGUAUUCAGGGACACAGUCCAGCCAGGCAAGCAAGGGUAUGAAGCAGAACUAAUGAGGGAUGUGACCUGGAGAAGGAGCGUGAGCUGGUGAGAGUCCCAGAUACAAAAGCCUAGAAGGUUGCGUUCUGCCCCCAGGGUUGAAGUUCCCCAUCCCUUAGAGAAUAUACCCAUCGAAAAGCUAGGUGAUAACAUUGUUGUCUCUUGUCACAAAGAACAGAAUAGUAAGAGGAAAUUACCGACUCCCUCCAAAUACAGCUAAGUCCUGUGUCAACACAGUAUAUUAGUGUGAAGCCACAUCAAAAGUUCUUAGAAAGAUGUGGGUUGGUGGUGCUCUCAGGUUUCCCUGGGCUUUGUUAACGGUGGAAAGAAGAAGAAGAGAGCUGAUAUAAAGUAUGAAAAGGUAAUGUUGGGGUAGGCAUCCGUCUUUGAAGAUCCUGUGUCCCUACUCCAAAAUGGGUUUACUGUUCAUAGUUAUAGGAUGCAUUUGGUACCCAUUUAGCAUGCUGACACUCCAAGAAAGGAGACAUAAUGUCUGUCUUUAAUAGGCCAGCCUCCAGUGUUCUUCAUGUUUUAGAGCUAGGAAUGUUUGACUUUUGCAAUGUUUGUGUUUGGCAUUGACUGAAAGAAAACUCAAACGUCACCACCAGCCAUCUUCAGGAAGCUGUUUCUGCUCAUGGUACUGGGAAGUGGGAAUGUUUUGAUUCUGCACACUCUAACUUAGUUGGCACCAACCUGGUGUCCUCCAUAUGUUGUUGGACUACAACUUCCAUAAGCCCCAGACAGCAUGGCCAAUGAACUUAUGGGAAUUGUAGUACAAGAACAUAUGGAGUGUCCCAGGGUGUGGAAAGCUGAUCUCAUAGUCAACUCUAAAAGGGCAUAAAGAAAAAUGGGUUAGCAGGUCUUCCAUAAUACUGUGCAGAAUCCAUGUUGGACAGGCAAAGCAGGAAGUGUUAGCAAAUCCAACUUCCUAUGUAAUGUAUCAAUGGGAAUCUAGGCAUCUUCCUUGUCAUAACAUUUGUGAGUUGUCCAUGUGUCUGAAAAAUACCCAUUUCCUGGUUGGUUGCUUUGCUGUGACAUAACUCUCCAAGACGCACUAUGAGAGUCACAAGCAAAAUCAGAACUACUAAUUAACGCCUAAUUGAGCUGAUGCUGGCAUUUCUGGAAGCCCUGGUACAUAGUCCAAGGAUAAAAAAACAUAAAACUCUUAUCUUUCCAAGGAGUCUGUGCUGUGCUUAUUCUUUGAAACAAAAAGGGAAUUGAUUGCACAACUUAAUUAUUUUAUAUCUUGCACAUGAUAACAAACGUUCUUGCUUGAAGAUAGAUUUUAGGGGUGGUCUUUGUUUCAGUUUUCACACUGGCUGAUGGCAAACCAGACAGAUCCAAUCUUGUGUUUUCACAGGUCACAUGUUGACGUGGUAAUGCGGGGUCUGCAAGUCAGAGACAACGAUCAGAGGUUGAGCCUAGUGACCUCCAGCAAAAGGUUAGCCAGUCUGAGGACUGAAUUGAGGUCACAAGUAUGAAAAAGAGCGAAAGACAGAAGAUGUCGAGCUGUUCAAAGACUGGCUUUGGCUCGUCCCAUUAUUUGUAUUAUUUGUUUUAUUAAAGGAUUUAUUAGGUUAAACUGGGCCUCCCUACUAAUGGAGUUGAAUUUGAGUUCAGGAAAUUUGGCAGAGAAAGCAGUUGACUAUCCUUUGGCCCAAAGCCUUCCUUCUGGAAAUUGCAACACCCCCCCAUCUCUUUCUCUUGAAACAUGACUGCAUAUCAGAGUAGGUUUGCCUAGAGUUGAAAUAACAAUCCAAUCAUUCAAUUUUCCAUGGGUGUAAUUUUAGUGAGGCACACACAAAUUCAAUGAAGGUCUUUCUUCUUGCUAUCUUGGGCUGUGGGCCUCACUUUAAGUUUCUUGUUCAAACCUCCAAAUCUGCCACCCACACAGUUUCAAAGUGUGCCACUGGAUUUCAUUCCCCAUAACUGAUGCUGCUCCCGCUUCUGUUUUUGUGGUGCUAUUUAAUGCAUUUUGUGUGCAUGCGUGAUCAUAUGUCAAUGUACAUAUUUCAAUUUGGUGGCCAUUUUUUCCACAUGCACCAGUGAAACAGAAUGGUGGUGGCCAGCAGUGUGAUCCAAAUAUGGCAGCCAUUUUUAAAUGUGCAAAUGCAUGCUCACAUGAACAAUGGGGACAAUAGUUUGUAUCAAGUGAAAUUAUUUGGGUGGAACAACUUCUGCUUUUGCAGUGGAACUUCCCUUUCCUUCCCUCUACUAACCCCCUGUCCCCUGUGCCCCUCCCAGAUCUGCUCCAGAGGGUUGGGGGGAUAACAUAGAGCAGAUUUGGGGGAGGUCACAUGGGGGGGAGGGAGAGGAAGAUCCGCUGCACAAACAGAAGCCUUUCUGCUUGUGCAAUGAC